CUUACCCCCUCGGAAACGAUUCCGGGCAGCGUUAUAGUUCCGGGGAGAAGGAAAACCCAAGCGGCGGAGGGGGCGGGAUGGCGGCCGAGCUGCCCAGCGAAGCCCGGGAGCGGCUGAGCCUGUGGGAGAGGCCCCUGAGGCCCCUGGCGCCCCUGACCGAGCGGCAGCAGGAGUCGGUGCUGGAGCUGAGGGAAGCGCUGCCUUGCCUCCCCGCCCCGGCUGAGGUGAGCGGAGGGUCCCUGGCGGGGUUGGCUGGGCCGGGAAGGGAGAGAAGUGGGGCUUCCGUGGGGCCACGAACCUCCGCGGAGGGGAAAGCUCUCUCUGAGGAAGAGGAGCAGAACGUGUUGCGGUCUCGCCCUCUCUUUUUCCUCCUCCUCCUCCUUUUUCUGGUUUUCCACGUUUAUCCUCCUCCUCCUGGCAGGAAGAGAUUCAGCAGGUGGGGAGGAUUUUUCCUUCCAACAUGGUUGUUGCAAUGUUUAGACGCAAGAUAAGCUUCGGUUUGAGCAUUGCAAUGGAUUGCUUUGAAGUCGUUUCUGUACCGGGCAAAGCAAUAUAUCUAUAUCUACAUCUACUCUGUGUAUGUGUGCGUGUGUGUAUACACACACACACACUCUGUAUACAAAUAUAUACUCUGUGUGUGUGUAUAAUGUGUGUGUGUAUGUGUGUGUGUGUGUGUGUAUAUAUAUAUAUAUAUAUAUAUAUACAUACAUACAUACAUACACACACACACACACACACACACACACUGUGUAUACAAAUAUAUACUGUGUGUGUGUGUGUGUGUGUGUGUGUGUAUAUAUAUAUACAUACAUACACACACACACACACACACACACAUUAUACACACACACACAUUCUCUCUCUCUCUCUCUCUCUCUCUCUCCCUUCUGUAUCCGUGGUUCAGUUUCAUAAAUCCCUGCAUAUUUUACAUAAGCGAUCGGGUAUCUUACUUUCUACAUAAAUUGUUUUGCCCGGUGCAGAAACUACUCUCUCUCUCUCUCUCUCUCUCUCUCUCUGCAGGGAUUUAUGAUAUGCAACCUUAACCACGGAGAGAAAAGAAGGGAAGGGAUUUAAGGUUGUUUAGAUGACUAUUCAUAUGCGUAUGUGUGUGUAUGUAAUUUUUAUUUUCAGAAUAGUAAUCUAAACAACCUUAAACCAAUUACUUCCCUUCUCUCUCCGUGGUUCUGUUUGCAUAUCAUAAAUCCAUGCAUAUUCUACAUAAGCUAAACCAUUCAGUAUUCCAUUGUUUACAUCCAUCAAAACUUAUUUACCCUGUUGAAUUUAUCUUAAUGCUACCAGCGUUUUAAAGUGUAAACAAUUUACCUCCAUAUACUCAAUAAACAUUUUCCAAUCUUCUUAAAACGUAUGUUCUUCUUGUGCCCUUAUUCUAUAUGUUAAAUCUGCAAGCUGCUGCAAAGCAAUUUUUAAGUCCCCCCAAUGUCCCCCUCCCCCUCAACACACCUGGCCUGUAUUUUGCCCAAAGGGACAAAUUACCUUUUACCUUACUGUAUUUUGCCCAACCAAAGGCAGCAACCCUACACACAUGCUGCCACAAGGUGGUGAAAGUUGGGGGGGGCAGCUCUGUCUGCUAACAUCAUUAUUACUAAUAAUAUUUAUUAAAUUGGUAUGCUGUCCUUCAUCGGAAGAUGAAAGGUAGCCUUGGGUAAUAUUUGGUAACGUGGCACCCCAUGUGAGGCCCAAAAUCAGCAACCCCAAAUGGAUCUUAUCAGUUAUAGAUCUCGAUCUUGUACCCUGUGUGGGGGAACUGCCCGCACCUUCCUAAAUCUGGUGUUGCUCCUACAAGCACAUUUUAAAGAAUAUAAGAUGUAAAUCAGCCAGAAGCCUGGUUGAAGAGGAAUGUUUUUGCCUGGCACCUAAAUUAGGGAGAGUUCAUUUUAAUAGUGGUAAUAAUAAUAAUAAUAAUAAUAUAUUUUCAUGGUACAGAAGGUGCAUUUUCAUAGAAUCAGAAUCAUAGAAUUAUAGAGUUGGAAGGGUCAUCUAGUUCAACCCUCUGCAAUUCAGGUGUGCAUUUUGUGAAGAUGGUCGUUAACCACAGCAAACAACUUGUCUUGAUAAAACCACAGAUUUCUGUCACGCUGUGUAAUAAGGUUUCAUUUGGUUACUCUGAAAGGUUGUGCCACAUUUCACCAUGAGUGUUGGGUGAUUGAUGGAUUAUUUAAUUUUUAUACUACUUAAUGUAUUACAAAAGUCUCCAAGCGGCAUACGGAAAACUGAGCAACAACAUUACAUCAAAUGUAAUGUUACAUUAAUACAAAGUUACUAAUAUCUAUAAAUCAACAUCAGUUCACUUUCCUUCUGACACACCAUCCAGGUUCUCACUCAGGGCCCAAAAAACUUUCAGCUCACCCACAAAAAUCUCACAAUGAGAAAAGUUCCUGGGAACUCUCAUUCUAGCCUUACUUUUUAUGGGCAGACCCAAGGUGGCUGGUCCUUCCUCAGGCUGCUGGCAGCUGUGUCCCAUUCAGUUGCACUCUCCACACACACUUCCAGGUGCAGCAGGUUUAUUGAUUUUCCUAGGGGGACCAGAGGAUGGGAGGGUCUCUCUCCACCAGGGUGGAUUUAAUUUAAAUCAAAUAAAUUUAAAUCACAAUUUAAAUCACUAGUCAGUAAGACUUGAUUUAAAUCAUAUACGUAUAUUUUUUUACAGAAAGACUCAUUCUUGCUGGUAUGAUCUUAAUAUUUACAACCAGAUGUAGGUUUCAUUUUUGGAAUAAUAAAUUUUCAGAGUUGUUUUUACAGUUAUUUCAGAAAUUACUCAUUUGAUCAUACUAUUAGAAAUACAUAGUUAAUUAUGAAAUUAUUGUGAGGUUUAAUAAGUUAACUGUUAAUAUUUGGAGAACCUUUCUGCUGUACUUUAUUGAAAGGGUGUUAUUUCCUUAAUAACAAUUUAAACAAUUUAUUUAACUAAAACAAUAACAUUAUAGCAUGUGUAUCCAUGUUUGUUAACUGAUGCGGUUAAACAAAAACAAAAAACUUAGACUGAGUUUUAGCACACAUGAAAAACUUAAAACAACUCCUCAUUUCCUGAUGAAUAGCCUUUGGACUAUAAUGCAACUUAAAUAGAAAACUAUCUUUAGAAAGAUUUUUCCUCCAAAGCAUUUUAUUUUAAAAAUCCAAUUUAAAUUUAUAAAAAUCAUUGAUUUUUAUCCACCCUGCCCUCCACCCAUAGCUCCUUCUUCACCCCCUGUUUUCUCCUCCUUCUACAGCUGCUAUAGCUGGAUUCCUGCCACAGUCUGAACAAUUUAUGUAUCCAGUACAUUUGCCAUGCAUUAUAGGGAUGGUGCUUGUCUUUUGCCGCUCUGACCUCACUUGUUAAUUCCCCGGCCAAUUGCUAUUCUUUGGUGUCCUGAGAAUAAAUGCUAAGCCCAGCACCAGUUAGGGAGAGUUCUUUGAAGAGGGUCCAGUCAGCUCAUAUUGCUAGAUCCGGUCCCCACCCCUAUAUUUUGGUGGGGCUGUGAGAUGUGAUGAGCCUGAGAGGGACUCAAUAAUAAAAUAAGAAAUCACUAAAGAGUAGCGAAAAACAUUGGAGGAGGGGACUCAAUAAUUAAAAACUAUUAUACAUGAAUCGAAUUAAAAUUCAUUCUCUCUCUCCCUCUCCCUCUCAAAUUUUUGAAAUUUUGAACAGAGGAGUUUGAUAGAAAAAACAUAUUUGUAAGCCCUGCAGGGCUGGUAUUUAUUUAUCUGUGUUUAGAAGUAUAUAGAAAAAUAGUGAGGUGCGGGCACUCUGCCAAAAGAAAAAAGGACCUGCCCUCAGAUGCAUACAUCCGGCAACGUGGAGCAGGGAAAACUGCUGGUGGAGAAAAGGUUAGCCUCUUUUCUUGCCUCUGCUACUUUUCUGCUCAGAAUCCAGGUGCCACUUUUUCUAAAAAGCAAAAGGAAUUUAUGUAUUGUUUUGUGUACUGAGCAAGUAAUACACUCUCAACCUAACCUACCUCACAAAGUUGUUGUGAGAAUAAAAAUGGUUCAAAUUCAUAUACACCACGAUGAGCUCCUUGGAGGAAGGUAUGGUUGCAAAUAUUACAGAUAGGAAGGCUGUGGGGAUGGCUGUGUUGUGUCGCUUGUUUACUUUAUAGACCACUGUUUCCCAGGAGCCUAGAGUGGGUUCCAGCAUUUUUCCAGGCACAUACUUCUGUCUCCAAGUGAUUUACAGUGUUAGCAAGGUAAAAAGAACCAAAGUCUUGGGUACCUAGAAGUCUUACAAAAUUUAUUACGUCAUACACUUUUGUGGACUAGACCACUUCAUCAGAUACCUGGAAUGAGGUCCAUGUAGAAACAUCCUCAUCAUUGCUUAGUGAAUUAGCAGGAGUAGUGGAACAGCAAACCUUACCUCUAUUUGGACCAAAAUGCCAUGAUAGAUUGAAAAGCUCUCCUGCUUUCAAUUCGUGCCCAUUGAUUCUUCUGUGUGCAGAGACUAGUCUGUUUGUCUUAGUAAUGCAAAAGAGCAUUACUGACAGAUGAUCGUUUUUGUUGCAUCGGGAGACAUGCAAGUGCAUGAAACGCUGAUGUUGUGGCUGACUUUAUUAGUUUUGUAAUAGUGUUAUCGCGACACGGGUGGCACUGUGGGUUAAACCACAGAGCCUAGGACUUGCCGAUCAGAAGGUCGGCAGUUCGAAUCCCCGCGAUGGGGUGAGCUCCCAUUUCUUCCCCAUCUCCUGCCAACCUAGCAGUUCAAAAGCACGUCAAAGUGCAAGUAGAUAAAUAGGUACCGCUCCGGCGGGAAGGUAAACAGCGUUUCCGUGUGCUUCUCUGGUUCGCCAGAAACGGCUUAGUCAUGCUGGCCACAUGACCCGGAAGCUGUACGCUGGCUCCCUUGGCCAAUAAAGCAAGAUGAGCGCCGCAACCCCAGAGUCGUCCACAAUUAGACCUAAUGGUCAGGGGUCCCUUUAACUUUUUAAUAGUGUUAUGAGAGUAGAUGUGGUGUUUGCUGUUGUUGCUGGUGAUAAGUGGUUUUAGUUAACUGCCUAGGCUGUCUGUUAGCAAGAGCAGGCCUACCACCCAAGGCCUUUGAGAGGGGCAUUUCACUGUCCUGGAUAUGUAGGUCCUUGAUGAUAUGUUGGAGUGGUUUUAACUAGGAGAUGCAGGUAGCCAGCAAGUAAUGAUCUGUCACUUUCUUUUCUGGACCUGUAGCAGGUUAUUCCUGGGUAUCAGUCUGGCCUUUUUGAUCUGCUUUGUCAGUUCAUUGGCUGUGUUUGGUAGAAAUGUGUUGUGUAAAUCCUUUAAUAGGGAGUCUUGGUCUGACAGAUCAGAACAGAGCCUGUUGUAUCUCAAGGUUUGGCUGUAGACAAUGGUUUUUGUGAUGUGUUCUGGGUGGAAGUUGGAAGCGCGUAGCAGCCCCUAGUUUUCCAACGUUAAGUGGUGCUUCUGUGUUCAUUAUGUAGUUGCCUAGUAGGGUCCAGAGAGGAUACUUGCUUUGUGGACUGCUGUAGAUUCAGAUCAAUGGGGUGGAGAGCAGGGCCGGAUUUAGGUUUAAUGGGGCCCUUUAUAUGUCCAGCUGUCCUUUGUCAACAACAAAUUGUCGCUGUUUUUUGUGUUUUUUAUGUUAUAUGGUAAUUUAUGGACCUAAUGGGUAUCUAAGGCCAUUUGCCACUGUUGUGAUAUGUAGGCUUUAUUUUACAGUGGUACCUCGGGUUAAGUACUUAAUUCGUUCCAGAGGUCCGUUCUUAACCUGAAACUGUUCUUAACCUGAAGCACCACUUUAGCUAAUGGAGCCUCCUGCUGCCGCCGUGCCGCCAGAGCACGAUUUCUGUUCUUAUCCUGAAGCAAAGUUCUUAACCUGAAGCACUAUUUCUGGGUUAGCGGAGUCUGUAACCUGAAGCGUAUGUAACCUGAAGCGUAUGUAACCCGAGGUACCACUGUAUUUGUUUUUUAUCUUAUAUUUUGGAUAUGUACAUCCAGUUUUUUUUACCCUUUUGGGGGGGGGGGCAAGAGAGGGGCCCUAAGCUACAGCUUGCUUAGCUUAUACAGUUAAUCAUAACUCUGGAUUUAGAAUUGUUUGGGGUUGCUGUGCUCAUCUCGCUUUACUGGCCAAGGGAGCCGGUGGACGGCUUCCGGGUCAUGUGGCCAGCAUGACUAAGCCACUGCUGGCGAACCAGAGCAACACACGGAAACGCUGUUUACCUUCCCGCCAGAGUGGUACCUAUUUAUCUAUUUGUACUUUGACAUGCUUUCGAACUGUUAGGUUGGCAAGGAACAGGGACCGAGCAACGGGAGCUCACUCCGUCGUGGGGAUUCGAACCGCCGACCUUCUGAUUGGCAAGCCCUAGGGCCUAGGCUUUGUGGUUUAGACCACAGCGCCACCCGCGUCCCUCAGUUGGGGUGCUCAUUCAUAAAUCUGUACUAAGCGCAUCCUGCAGAAAUGUUGGCAGGCGUGUCCUCUUCCAAGUGGAAUUCUGACCGUCCCAUGUUGCCAUGCCAUCCAGUUAGGAAGCAUGGACAGGGGUGGCCCCCACACCAGGAAUGGCCCAGUGACUCCUCUCUCUACCACCAGCUGUUUAUGAUUUUGGACACCAGUACAGAGUAUAUUAUAUUAGCUUACAGAUCAAUAAGUUAAACUGCAGCUUUGGAGUUCCAGUGGAACUUCCAGUGGAGCACAACAGAGCUACAGAACUCCAGAUGCAUCCGGUUGUAAAGAAAAGAAAAGGGAGUAAAAGCUAUCUGUUGCAUUUGUUUCUGUUUAAAUGAACAAUUUUGACAAAAGCAUUCUGAUCUGGUUUUGAAUGAAUGAUACUGUGUGUUAUAACAUUCAAUGGGGGGAAGUAAGUAAUGAAGAAACUAGUUUUAAAAAAACAGUUUAAGGCAUUCAACACAUUCAUUUUUAUUUCUUAUUUGUGUCUAGCUUCCUAUUGAAGAUUUUAGCAGUCUUGGUCAGCAAUCAUUAACCGUAACAUUGACAGCAACAGUGCCAGAAUCCACAGAGGACAUCCUCUUGAAAGGGUUUUCCAUGCUGCGUAUGGAAAAUGAAAGAAUCGAAACAGCACAGCAGGUGAAAGAUAACAUAAAUAUCAAGCCUUCUCUUAUUCCAAAUGCAAAACGUAAGGUGUUAAAUGUGAUGUUAUUUAAUACAGAGGCAAAAAUUCUGGCUGGGCUUUUGUCUUUAGAUGCUUGUGCAUGUCUGCUUUAUUCUUCCUUCUCUGAGGCCUGUCUGUGUCCCUCUCCCUAUUCAGAGGUGCCUGUACUUGGCAACUCAUGGCCAGGAAGAGAAGCUGGAGCAUAAUGCUUAACUUGGUGAAGAGGGCAGGGACAUUGUACAGGUUGUCAGAUUCUAAAGGAGAGGUGGGCCGGGUGAGAGUGGCUGGGGAUGGGAACACUGCGGACCUCCUUUUUUGUCCGACAGUCGCAGUUACUUACUUACUUAUUUAUUUAUUUAUUUAGAGCAUUUCAUUAGGUUUUUUCCCCCCUCCUCUGUGUAAUUGCAAAGAAAUAAAUCAUAGAAUUGAGAGGGACCUUUUUUUAAAAAAAAUAAUAAUAUUUAUUGAGGAUUUUAAAAUUACAAAGAAACAAAGAAAAAAGUAGACGAAAAGAGAAAUUAAACAAUGCAAGUCAAUAAAAACAAAAAUCAAAGAGAAAAACAAAUCACACAAAUACAUCAAAAGCAAAAAAUAAACAAAAAAUUUAAAAACAAAUCCAAUAUUCCCAAAUCUUUAUCUUUCAUUAACUUGUUUCAUGGACCUCCUCACACCUCCCUUUUUUGUAUUCUAGUUAUUGAUUAUCACAGCAAAUCCUUCCCAUUUUUCAUAAUAUUCUGUCAUUAAAUUACCUUAAUUUAUUUUAACCUUAUCUUACUAUAAAAAACCCUAAAACUUAAAGCUUGAGUCUUAUCUAUACCAAUUUCUCAUAACCAUGACAUAUUCUUGCAUAGUUCUUUUUAACAUUUCUGCUAAAGCCAAAUAAAUUCGUUCCAACAUCUUUUUUAAUACUUAUUAAUUUUAGAAAACAUUCCUAAAUAGAAUUUUUGAAACUUUCUCCAAUCUUCAUCCAAUGAAUUGAGAGGGACUUUUUUACCUUAGGAGUAAUAAUAAUUUUUUUUUUUUUUAUAUCCCGCCCUCCCCAGCCGAAGCCGGGCUUAGAGCCGGGCUAACAACAGUAAAAUGAUAAAACAUUCUAAAAUCAUUUCAUUAUAAAAUUAAUUCCAAUCAGAUUAAUGGCAAGCAUUGGGCUAGAGUUCUGUGAGGAUUGCCAGAGGAGGGAGUCAGGCUGUGCCCUGGCCAAAGGCCUGGUGGAACAGCUCUGUCUUGCAGGCCCUGCGGAAAGAUGUCAAGUCCCGCAGGGCCCUAGUCUCUUGUGACAGAGCGUUCCACCAGAUCGGAGCCAUAGCGGAAAAAGCCCUGGCUCUAGUUGAGGCCAGCCUAACCUCUCUGUGGCCUGGGACCUUCAAGAUGUUUUUGUUUGAAGACCUUAAGUUCCUCUGUGGGACAUACCAGGAGAGGCGGUCCCGUAGGUACGAAGGUCCUAGGCCGUAUAGGGCUUUGAAGGUUGAAACCAGCACCUUAAACCUGAUCCUAUACUCCACCGGGAGCCAGUGCAGCUGGUAUAGCACCGGGUGAAUGUGAGUAGAUCUUCUGAAUUCUGCCGUCCAGUCAGGAAGCAUGGACAGGGGCGGCCCCCACACCAGGAAUGGCCCAGUGAUUCCUCUCUCUACCACCAGUGCUGUUGUUGCAAUACACUGGAUUAUAUUUCCUAAUAAGCCCGUUUCAUCAGCCCAAAUGCCAUUGAUGCCGUUCUCCCAGAACAUCCUAAGUAAUCUCUUCCCUUCUUUGCUCUAGUUCUUCUCAUGGUUUGAUCAACUCCAUACGCAGAUGGAUCAAGAUGAAGGGGCUAAAUACAGGUAUAUAUGCCUCCCCACCCCACUGGUUGAAUUGUGACUAUCAAGGCAUAGCACCCAACAAUGGCAACUUGCCAAACAUCCUGUGAGAAUGUCCUGCCGUUCUUGUGUGCUUUUGGUGUGUGCUAUGCCUUCGUUUUCAUCCUCUUCCCGUUCCACUCGAUACAAUACAAUACAAUACAAUACAAAUACCUUUAUUGGCAUUACAAUUUAAGACAUUUCAAAUCAGUGGGAUAAAUUUAAAAGGGGCAGGAGUGAGGCUGUUGAGGGUCACAAGGCACUCGGUUGUUCUGCUUCACCCUGUUUUAUUUCCUAGAGGGAUGAUUCAUUAAGAAGCCUUCUGGGUAAAAUGGAAAUUACUGCCACUGAGGCAGUAGCGUCCUUGUCCCUAUCCGCCAGGAGGAACCUCGUUUGGCUUUCUCGGAGCCGUUGGUCGCAGGUCUAACUUCUUGCUCAGCAUCUGUUUGCGGAGUUUGCUUUGCAAAGGGCAGUCCAAAAGAAUAUGGUCCGGUCAAUCUGGUAAUCCCUGAUUGCAGACGCACAGGCGGACUUGAUAAGGAAUUAGUGAGGAUCUACCUGUGGUCACGUGACACGGGUGGCACUGUGGGUUAAACCACAGAGCCUAGGACUUGCCGAUCAGAAGGUCGGCGGUUCGAAUCCCUGUGACAGGAUGAGCUCCCGUUGCUCGGUCCCUGCUCCUGCCAACCUAGCAGUUCGAAAGCAUGUCAAAGUGCAAGUAGAUAAAUAGGUACUGCUCCGGCGGGAAGGUAAACGGUGUUUCCGUGCACUGCUCUGGUUCGCCAGAAGCAGCUUAGUCAUGCUGGCCACAUGACCCGGAAGCUGUACACUCCCUUGGCCAAUAAAGCGAGAUGAGUGCCGCAACCCCAGAGUUGGUCACAACUGGACCUAAUGGUCAGGGGUCCCUUUACCUGUGGCCACUGCAGAGGGGAAAGCAUAAAAGCUCUUCGUUGUGAAGGAAGUAGUAGGUCUUUUAGGUAAUUGGCAUAAAAUCCGUAAGUAGUAGUUAUGCCUAGGGUCUCCAGAGAACAGGGUCUCAGAGUGUGAGGAGACAGACGCUGUUUUUCGUGGUUAUAACGCCGUUGCUUGAUUGUUUGGAGUAUGUAGUUUUCAUCACAUACUUUGAGGCUCUCCAGAGCAAUACCCAAACUACGUAUUUUGUCCUGAAUUUUUCUAUAUACCAUGAAGUAUGGUCUUCAAGUAUAGAAGUUGAAAAGGAGUUUGGUGUUGCUCUGUAAUGUAUGUUCAGCCAGGUCUUGAUUGUAAUAAGCCAUGUGUUGGUUUCCAUCAGAUGUUGACCGGUUUCUGCGCAUAAGGUUAGAUAGCUUAGAUAGCCACUAGUUAACCAGAUCGCUCGGAAGCUUGUCUGCACAGUAUAGGUUCAGCUACACAGAUUCCCCGUGCUACUAUCCUGAAUCUUUCUAUCAGUUCAAAGGAUAAAUGUGUGCCUAUAUGUAACGGUUGCGUUCUGAUUUCUCUAGGCAGACAAGAGCUUACUUGUCUGGUUUUGAGGAGCAAUGCGAUGCUAUCUUGAGUGAUGUCAACAGUGCUCUUGAGCACCUGGAGUCAUUACAGAAGCAAUAUCUCUUUGUUUCCACCAAGACAGGAACGCUGCAUGAAGCCUGCGAACAGCUAUUGAAAGAGCAGGUAAAUUCAUACUUAGUUAGAAAAACACUUCCGCUUCCUAUGCAUCUGUAGCUACAUUGUUUAUUUAUUUAUUGCAAGCUUUUUUAUCCUGCUCUUUAGCCAAAAGGCUAAACACAUUUAGCCAAAAGGCAUGACACAUAAGAGGAAAAAUGAUGGGGAGGGAAGAGGAAAAAAGCAGACAGUGAACAGUUCUUAGUCUUUAUAAUUCCUACGAUAACCAGAUGUAAAGGAAACAAGGGAUGUGUGGCAAGAAGAGCACCUGACAAGCCAGGAUUUUACCUUUUCUUCUGAGCAGUGGACCCUUUCUAGAAUGGCUUAUAUCCCGGCAGAGAGUAACUUUUUUAAUAGGGUGAUAUCAGCCUUAAAUUGGACCAGAAAAAAGGUCUGACCUAAAGUUCCAGGUUUUAAACUCAAUUUAUGCUUUCUAAGCUAAAUAUAUGAAUGCCCAUUGUAGCAAAUGGCUUCAGAUGUAAGCUAUUCUAAUAAAAAUAGUUGAUUCACCAAGUUCACCUUAUACCUUUAUAUGCAAGUAAAAUAUAACAAAAUGUAUGUAAUUGUUUUAGUAUAAUCAGCCCACAGGUUGUCCUCUCCUGACAUACAGUGUAUUUCCAUGCUUUUACCUGCCUCUAAAAAUAAUUUAUAUUUCUCCUUGAACAGUCAGAGCUUGUGGACCUGGCAGAAAAUAUCCAGCAGAAACUGUCAUAUUUUAAUGAACUGGAAAAUAUUAACACGGUAAGUAAUUGUUUUGAAACACACACAAACAGACCAAAAAACUUUUUCUACUUUAGAGUCAUGUCUUUCUAGAGACUCUUUAAAGAGUUGCAUGCUCUGAUUAGUAAUUAUCAUUCUUAUGUUAAAAUCCUGUAUAAAACUCUGGAGUAAGUGUACAUGGAAUUGAACUGAACUUUAUUCUAAGUGAGCAUGCAUAAGAUUGUUCUGUUAAAGUGGUUUUAAGCCUCUGUCUAUGUUUGGUCUUCAAAAACAAGGAAGGAGCAAAUUUCCAAGGGGCGCUGGAGAAAUGUUGUUUAUUAGGCCCAACUGUUGUCAAGUGCAGAUUCUUUGGCCAGGGCAUUAUAAAAUAACUGACUAAUUUCAAUAAGAACAUUAAUACAGUGGUACCUCAGGUUACAUACACUUCAGGUUACAGACUCCGCUAACCCAGAAAUAGUGCUUCAGGUUAAAAACUUUCAGGAUGAGAACAGAAAUCGUGCUCCGGCGGCAGCAGGAGGCCCCAUUAGCUAAAGUGGUGCUUCAGGUUAAGAACAGUUUCAGGUUAAGAACGGACCUCCGGAACGAAUUAAGUACUUAACCCGAGGUACCACUGUAAUGAUAACCUAUAGAAUGGGACUGAAAGUUGUUUAAUCAUAAUACAAAUAUAAAUAAUUAUAUUACUCCAGGAAAUGCAGCAACCAAAGUUAAUAGCAGUGAGUUGAGUGUCAACUGGGGCCAGUGAAACCAAGGUUCAGAUCGCAACUCAGAUUAAAGCUCAGUGGCUGACCCUAAACCAGUCACUAUCUCUUGUUAUGAGGGUGAAAUCAAAUAUGAAAUAUGCAUACAGUUACAUGCAAUGAAUGAUCAGUAUGUGACGGGGUUAUAAAUUUAUUGCAGUUUAUUGAAUGGACCGCCAUUAUUCAUGUUUCUUGAUGCUGUGACUAUGCCGAAAGACAAUUACACUGAAAGUUCGGAAAAUUCUGCAUAGGAAAAUGCUUACUUAAAACAUUUUAAACCAAUUUACAGUAAGUAAGCAGAUAUUGAUGAGUAUAAAUAGUAAGGAACUAGGUAAGGUUCCCAACUCUGGGCACCAUUUGCCAUGUUCAUUGAACUUUUGGUUGCUGCAGUUUGAGAGUAUUAAUAUAGAGCAUCCUGUGUGAUAUUUGAGGAAAAUAAUUUUGAAAUGCAUUUAUGUUCCAUGGGCUGAUGAGAAGAAACAUAUGCUGAGGAUGUUUUAAGAGAAAAAUAGUAUGGGUUGCAUCUUCAAAUAAUGUUACACCAACCCGUACCUUAGUUUGAAUGUGCAGAGUGGGCUGACAGCAAUGGAGUGUUCUUUUCACUUGGGAAAAAAACCUUACCCCAACCUGAGCUCAUGAUUUGUCUCACUGCAGACAAACCACAAGCUGUAACCAACGAAAAGACAAACAAUAAGCUCUGGUUCGAACAAUAAUGCAAAGCCAAACCAUGGCUUAGCUCAUGGAAAUGCAGCAGCAGUUGGACUGGACUCAUACGCUUACACUAAACCAGGCAUAGGCAAACUCUGGCCAUCCAGAUGUUUGGGACUACAAUUCCCAUCAUCCCUAGCUAACAGGACCAGUGGUCAGAGAUGAUGGGAAUUGUAGUCCCAAACAUCUGGAGGGCUGGAGUUUGCCUAUGUCUGCACUAAACCAUGGUUUGGUUUAAAGUGUGACACGAGCCUUAGUCAUAUUUAUGGUAGACCCACUGAAAUCAACUGGACUUAAAUUAGUCAUGACUAACCUAAGUCUCAUUGAUUUCUGAAUUUCUGAUUUCUAAGUCUGAAUCUAACCCUAUAUAUCAGGGGUGGAGAACGUGCAGCCACCCAGACGUUCAUCACUUGAGGCAUGGGACAUGACUGGAUGAAAUACUUGUCCUGAAUGUUAGUUUCCUUGAUUGUUCUUUUAAUUAUUGGAAGACUUGUAAUGAAUAGUACUAUAUACAAAUUUCUUUGGUUGUUUUUCUUACUGAUACUUAUAUCACAUCUUGUUUUUCCCUUUGCAAGAAACUGAAUUCCCCUACAUUGUCAGUAAACAGUGAUGGUUUCAUCCCUAUGCUGGCUAAACUUGAUGAUUGUAUUGCAUAUAUUUCAUCGCACGUAAGUUGGGCUCAGUUUUUUUGUCCCUGUUUACAUUACUUUGUGGUGCACAAUUCUGUUUCCCAUGGGUUUUAAAACUGAGGAAAUGCAGCGACAGACCUGGAAAAGGGACCUCAUGCUUUCCGUGACAAUCCUUAUGGAUUAAAUCCCUACACUUCAUUCUGUAGAUGGAAGUGGCUCUGCCCCAGCGGGUAUUCAUGGGGAAAGGAGCAAUUUUAGCUAAUUCCUCUUCCUCUGUAGAUCCAAAUGCCGUCUCCCAUGCUGUUACAGAGGUUUCCCCAACAUUCAGAGCAGCUUUUCAUGAGAAAGGCUACAGAGAGGAGGAGGAGUUAGCAAACAUUUCUUCUCUUCUUUCCCCUUCUCUACACCCCCCUAGUACAAUCACACAACUUCUGAAUACAAUUCCCUUGGUAUAGAAUGUGGGCUUAUUAACUUCUUUGCACAAACCUCUGCCAGCCUUGAUGGUUAGUUUCCUAAAAGCAUCUGCGUUUGUUCCUCAUUCCGUUGCAUAUUUCAAGGCAGUGUGCUUCAUAUCAUUCCCUUUCAGUCCAUCUCUUUUCUUUUGAGACACCAAGUCUGCUGAUACAAGAGUGUUUGCUUUUUCCUGGGAUAAAUCGUGUUAUUCCUGAUUCUUAAAACAUGUGCAUUUAGUGCAAGACAGAAAUAACCUUGUUCAGUUCAAAGAUGAAGAUGUAUUGUGUCCAUUCCAAUUCCCUUUUUCUUAGCUUUUGCUUAAAAUGUUGUUUUUUCUUAUUUUCCAGCCAAACUUUAGGGAUUAUCCUGUGUAUUUUGCAAAGUCCAAACAAUGUCUUUCACGAGCUAUGCACCUCAUGAAAACAUACACUGUGAAUACACUACAAAACCUCACAAACCAGUUAAUUAAAAGGGUAAGUUGGAAGAACCAGUAGUGAGUCGGUGUUUCUUUUGAACUAAAAUAUCUUGGGAAUAUCUCCCAAAUAAUUUACCUUUCUUAUUGUGAUUCUUCGCUGCACUUUUACAUUCUGAAGCAGCAUGUUGGGUGUUUGGCAAAUUUAAUAGUUGUCUUAUCCAACACACAGUUUUAUGAUGUACAGACUUCUGUGGUGUGUAAAUAACUUGAACAAUGUGUUUGUUCCUCAACAAUCCAUUGAACAUGAAAGUCUCCUUCCUUCAGCAGAGGUUGGAUGGCCAUCUGCCAUGGAUGCUUUAGCUGAGAUUCCUGCAUUGCAGGGGGUUGGACUAGAUGACCCCUGGGUCCCUUCCAACUCUUUUAAGAUUCUAUGAUUCCAUGAAUCCAAUGAAGAUGCAGUCUUGCAGCCUGCAAGAGUUUGGGGUGACUCAGAAUGUCAACGGACCUAUUUUGGGGAGAGAGGUGGCAGGACUGUAGAAGAUAUGCAAAAGGGAGAAUUUGUAUGUAUUUUCUUUGACCAGGAGAGAAUUGUACAAUGGAGAAGGCACCUCAGCCUCCGGUCAGCCUAGGGGGAAUAUGCUAAUACUUUAACUGGGCUUCCACAUUGAGGUCAUUCACUGCACAGCUGUCUGGGAUGGAUGUGAAUUUCCCAAACGAGAAGGGUGUGAAUUUCACAAAUUAAACCUGGCUGGGGAGGCUGCCUAGAGGGCUUUUUUCUGAAGAGGUCUGCAUGCCACUUAUAUUUUCCUUGGGUGCACAGUUUACUACUUCUGUGUCCUCCUUUCCCAGUGGCAUCUAGUUAUAUGCAUGUAUGGAAGGACGCGGGUGGCGCUGUGGGUUAAACCACAGAGCCUAGGACUUGCUGAUCAGAAGGUUCGAAUCCCCGUGACGGGGUGAGCUCCCAUUGUUCGGUCCCAGCUCCUAGCAGUUCGAAAGCACGAAGUGCAAGUAGAUAAAUAGGUACCGCUCCGGUGGGAAGGUGAACGGCGUUUCUUUGCGCUGCUCUGGUUCACCAGAAGCGGCUUAGUCAUGCUGGCCACAUGACCUGGAAGCUGUACGCCGGCUCUCUCGGCCAAUAAAGCGAGAUGAGCGCCGCAACCCCAGAGUCGGUCAUGAAUGGACCUAAUGGUCAGGGGUUCCUUUACCUUUACCUUUACAGUGUAUGGAGUUUUUGCAGUCACUGUGUAAUAGUUUAUUGUUUAGUAAGCUCAUACUGCGAAUGACAUUUCUUUCUCUCUUUUUUCUUUCAGGACCCUUCAGUUGUACCAAAUUCAGACAAUGCCUUCACGUUAUUUUAUGUGAAGUUCAGAGCUGCUGCACCCAAAGUCAGAGUAAGUUGCCAAACUAUGGUAGAUGGAAGGAGUACUCAAAGAUAUGCUCGUAAGCGAAGGGUUGGUCACCUUUGUGGAAUUUUCUUUGUUAUACAGUACACUAUUGAAUCAUGCAUAAACGCUUAUCAAGCAGGAUUUCCCAAACUUGAGUCUCCAGCUGUUUUUGGACUACAAUUCCCAUCAUCCCUAGCUAGUAAGACCAGUGCUCAAAAAUGAUGGGAAUUGUAGUCCCAAAACAGCUGGAGACCCAGGUUUGGGAAACUAAGUCUUAUAGUGUAGCAGUGUAAUAUCUUACACAUAUGUUCACUACGACAUUGCUUGUAGUCUUCAAAUCCCUGAUCCAGUUCUUGAGGACACAGUGGACGCUUGGGUUGGGAACAUGAUCCGUGCGGUAGGCACGUUCGCAGCCCGUAGCGUUCGCAACCUGUAGCGCCGUGUCUGCGCACGCGCAGGUUGUGACUUGGUGCUUCUGCGCAUGCACAAUUUAGUGUUUCUGCGCAUGUGCGAGCGCCGAAAACCGGAAGUAACCUGUUCCAGUACCUCUGGGUUCGGCGUGGUGCACAACCCAAAAUCGCAUAACCUGAAGCGUCUGUAACCUGAGGUACCACUGUACUAUUGUGUGUGUCUAUGGUUUGGAAGAAGCCUAGAAGUAUGAAUUACUCUCAUAUUCACUGUGUGCUGCAAGUUCUUUAGAAAAAGGAACACGGCCAUCAGGCUGACUACUUGAAUGUUUCUAAUAUCCCUGUGUAGGGAAGCAUCAGAAUGCUCUCAAUUUUUUUCUUCUUGUUUCCUUAGACACUUAUUGAGCAGAUAGAGCAGCGGUCUGAGAAGAUGCCAGAGUGAGUAUGCAGAAACUAAGUCAAUGGCAAGGAUUGUGUUUUGUACUUGAAAAUAUUGAGUCUGAUGCAGUAAUAUUAAGUCGAUUUAGUCUUCCUCUGAUAUGUUGGGAGCCAGCAUAAGGUGUGUUGUAACAGUAGAAUCACCAUUUCCGUUUUUACUUAGCAUAGGUUUUUCUUUUUGGGGGACAGAAAGAGAGAAGGUGGCCAAGGGCAAAGGUAGAUCGAUCUUCUGUAUAUUUAAUAAUUGAAGAGGAAAUUUCAGUAUGCGUCACUUUCCUCGUGCCUGCACAACAAGCUUCAUCUACCGAAAUGUAUUUUUAAAAACUGCAACUAUAAAAGGAAUAAGGGUGGCGCUGUGAGUUAAACCACAGAGCCUAGGACUUGCCAAUCAGAAGGUCUGCAGAUCGAAUCCCCGCGACGGGGUGAGCUCCCGUUGCUCGGUCCCUGCUCCUGCCAACCUCGCAGUUCAAAAGCACAUCAAAGUGCAAGUAGAUAAAUAGGUACCGCUCCAGCGGGAAAGUAAACGGCGUUUCUGUGCGCUGCUCUGGUUCGCCAGAAGCGGCUUAGUCAUGCUGGCCACAUGAUACGAAGCUGUACGCUGGCUCCCUCGGCCAAUAAAGCGGGAUGAGCGCCGCAACCCCAGUGUCGGUCACGACUGGACCUAACGGUCAGGGGUCCCUUUACCUUUAUAUAAAAGGAAUAAGACCCCUGCUGUCCCUUGUGGCACGUUGCCCUAGAGCAGGGCAAACUUUCCCAAACUUGGGUCUCCUGCUGUUGUUGGACUACAAUUCCCAUCAUCCCCAGCUAACAGGACCAGUGGUCAGGGAUGAUGGGAGUUGUAGUCCAAAAAAAUAGGAAGAGACCCAAGUUUGGGAAACCCUGCCCUAGAGAGAUGUGGGAAGUUCGUCUUAUAGUGUUAAAGAAAACCAUACUCACAGUUUAAAGGGAUUCCUCCCAGACAGAAAUUUGUCACAUCAGUGAUAAGAAUGCAUAAGUUUUUACUACCUAAAUCAGCAAUAGGUAAUUAGCUGUAAGAUUAAACCUUCCUGUGUAGGCGGAUGCUUCCUAACUCUCCUCUUUGUCUAGGUACCGGCAACUGCUAAACGAAAUCCAUCAAUGCUACCUUGAUCAGAGGGAGCUCUUACUAGGACCUAGUAUUACUAGCACUGUGACAGAAUUAACUAACCGAAACAGCAGAGAUCAUUGUGCUCUGGUAAGAGGCUUUGUGUGAACUUGCAUUUUCUUGAACCUUGGAUUCCUUUCGAAUUCAUUAGAAAAUAAGCGAUGUUUGCUAAAUAUUUAAUAAUGCAUUUGCACCCCAGCCAGCUUUCAGUGCAAACGACUGGCUUCUCACCUUCCUCCUGGAGAUCAGUCUGCUUUGCAGCCGUUUCUGCAUAUCAAAAUACCCUGCUAUAAAGAAAAUAAAAUUGUCCCUGUCUCCCAGUCUUCCUAAGCUAAUGAAAUCAAAAUUGCCCAAAGGUGCUGCAAGAGAUUGUAUGAUUGCUUUUUAAAAAAAAUUACUUCCCCCCCAAAAAAUUAAAACAAAGCAUAUUAUCUAGAAACAUAUCAUCCUUAUUUUCCCCCUUUUUUCCUCCCUUCCCGCACAGAACCCACCCACCCCCACCCCCCGACUUCCCUCAGUUCCAGUCUUUGAUUUCUCUAAAAAUGCUGUUUUCUGCAUGUUACACAGUUGUAUAGAUCCUCAAACUAUAUAAGUAAUAAUUAUCAUUAAAAAGUUUGUGAAUGUUUAUUCAAAACCAGCCAAGGAGUCCAGUUCACUUUGUUGCGUCUUCAAAUACUUUGUAAAGGGUUCCCAUUCAUCUUUAAAGUCACAGUUAUCCUUGUCCCGUAGCUUGUAUGUCAGUUUUGCCAGUUCUGCAUAGUCCAUCAAUUUUUCUUGCCAUGAUUCUUUAGUUGGGGUUUCUUCAGUCUUCCAUCCUUGUGCUACUAAAACUCUCAUGGCCGUAUGAUUGCUUUUUAAAUUACAGGCCGUUCUUGGCACUGCCGGAAGCAGGAUGGACUUACACGCGUCCCACUGAUGCACAGUCUAAACAGAGAGUUGCCGGAAGUGUGUUUUGGACCAUCACAGAUAUAAAUAGCAUUUACUAAACUUAAAUACUUGCAUCAUUUGCAUCUUUCUUUCUAAAUACACACGGGCUGCCCUUUUGCUUACUCUCAUUUCAGGUACGAAGUGGCUGUGCUUUUAUGGUCCAUGUGUGCCAGGAUGAACACCAGCUGUUUGAUGAGUUCUUCACAAAACCAACACCCAAACUGGAGUGGGUAUCACACGUGACAUCGCUUUUUGUUGCACGACACUGUUCACAUAAGGAUGUCUCGAACUCUUGUUCGUGCAUUUGCUUCAGCAUGCAAGCAUAAUCUUGGGGCGGGGGUGGGGGGCAACUGCAGGUCCUGCUCCCAUGUCCCCCAACAUGUGGGCUUCUAUAAAUGCUCACAACAGCCUUCAGAGGGUUCUAAGGGUCUGAUGUUGUUCUAAGCCAGGGUUUCCCAAACUUGGGUCUCCGUCUGCUUUUGGACUACAUUUCCCAUCAUCCCUGACUACUCAUCCUGCUAGCUAGGGAUGGUGGGAGUUGUAGUCCAAAAAAGCAGCUGGAGACCCAAGUUUGGGAAACCCUGUCUUAAGCACGUUCUGUUGGAUAUACCUCAAAAACCUCCCUGAAGACACAAUGUGCAGCAGUUGUUCUAACUCAUAAAGCAGGCAUAGGCAAAUUCCGGUCCCCAGAUGAUUUGAGACUACAAUUCCCAUCAUCCCUGGCCACUGGUCCUGUUAGCUAGGGAUGAUGGGAAUUGUAGUUCGAAAACAUCUGGAGGGCCGGAGUUUGCCUAUGCCUGUCAUAAAGGGUUGAAUCUGGACUUAGUCGUGCUUACAGUAGUCAGUAGAUCCACUGAAAUCAAUGGGACUUAACUUAGUCGCAAUUCAAGUCCUAUUGAUUUCUGUGCCUAAGUGUGGAUCAGGUCCAAAGUAUGGGGAUUUGACUAGCCAUCAGGAUUGUUUUUGCUGAAUGUACUUUUGUGUGGGUUUCUGUUCUUUGGCUCCUAAUAUAGCUCAGCUGGCUGCGUGUCUUCUAUUGUAAAAAAAAAGAGUGUUCCUGCUCUGUUGCUUUUUGAAAUAUUUGGAUCGGUGUCGAAAACUCUUCAGUCUCAUAGCAUGGAAUGCCUUUUCCAAGUUUCCUGCCUUGUAUAAUGUUGCUUACAUCAUCUGAAAACAAAACAUUAAUUGCAGACUUGAUCAGUCAGUCAUAUAAAUUUUAAUCUAUUAGUCAAGUAGGCUGAUGCCAGAGUUUUUAACAAGCUAAUGUAAUGAAUCAAUAAAUGAAAAUGUUUUAGCUGCUUAUAUGGCUUUUUAAACCAUUGUUAGUGCUGGUUGACAGCAUUUGAUGUGAAGCAAAAGAUCAAGUUCUCCUGAUGUUAGUGAUAGUCAUGGCAUGGCCCAGAUUGUAAGUGAUGUUGAUUUAGCAUGUCGUUUUCUACUGUCAUAAGAGAUGCAUGUGUCAGUUUACACAAUCUUUUAUAGUCCAUACUGGAUUUGUUUUUCUGUCUUACAGUGAACUUUUGGAGAAGUUAUGCCUGUCAUUAUAUGAUGUCUUGCGGCCACUGAUCAUCCAUGUAAUUCACCUAGAAACUUUGUCUGAGCUCUGUGGGAUUCUCAAAAAUGAAAUGCUUGAAGAUCACGUGCAAAACAACGGUAACUGUAAAAUUAAGAUUAAGAAACCAAAUGCUUGAUCAAAAGUUAGAACGUAUCUUUUUAACAGACUGGAAUGGCAUAUGCUUUAGAAUAUAUAGGAUUUACCACCGGUACCUUUUCAACUUAACACACAUCUCUUAAAUUGAAACGUCCAAUGUUGUAAUCUGAUUUUACAGUGACCAAGUUCCAUUAAAUCCUGUUUGGACUGGUUCUGUCAGGCACGAUUUCUUGCUUAUUAAAGGAGCAUGCAUUAUGCAGUUGGAAGUAAACAGUCCAGUGCUCAAAAUCAAGUAAAGUGAGCUCUUGGAAACCAGCACAUUCAUGCACAGUCAAAAUGUGAGCUGAUAAUAGCAGCGGAAUAGAAGGAGAAGUUAGGCAACUACUUUUGCCUGGAUGGGGUGGAGGCGUACAGGGGAUCUGCUCCCUUUUUUGCUGCCUCCAAAGGAAAUUUCCACAUGGCAAAACGAAUAUGGAGGGCAAGGACUUUCAGUAGCCUAAGCUGAUGUGAUUCAUUUCUCCCUCGUUUAUUAUGUGCAUUGAGUUCCAGUUCGUUUGCUUACCAUCUGCAAGUGUUCAGAUGUGCUGAAGUUUACAAGGUGCGCAGUAUUUCUAGCAAAACUGCCUUCUGAUGUCAAGUAGAUAAUGUACCUAUAUUUCAGGUGAACGCAUUUUAUCACCCAGACACCCUUUUCCUAGAACUAUUUGAUUAUAAUGUUGUUUAUGACUAGGUACAGUGGUACCUCUGGUUACGAACUUAAUUCGUUCCAGAGGUCCAUUCUUAACCUGAAACCGUUCUUAACCUGAGGUACCACUUUAGCUAAUGGGGUCUCCCGCUGCCAAACAUUUUUGUCCAGUGAAUCCUGAUUUUGGAAAUCAGGAUUCCACAGCCUAAUCUCUGGUGUCCAAGAAAGACAACCAGUUUUUAUUUUGUGUCUUUUGUUUCUCGCUUAAAGUGUAUUUCAGCAGUUGCGUAGAUGGGGUUGGAUUUGCAGCAGCCAAAAUCAAACUGUCUUUACAUUAAAGUGUGAAUUGUAAAGCUGAAAAUCCAUAAUGAUUUUAAUCUGGAUAGAAAUUAUUAUACAGUAUUAUAACAUCUAUGUGCAUUCACAACUAUAAUUAUGCAGCGUCGGGGGGGGGAGUUAUUAUUAAUUGUUCUUUUACUAUGUUAUGCAUUUUUGUGUUUUUAUAUUGUAAACUGCCCUGUGAUCCUCGGAUGAAGAGCGAUAUAGAAAUUUUAACAACAACAACACUAAUUGUUUAUUCAUUCAUUCAUAAUAUUUUUUUUUGGCAAAGUAAUAAUCGUAAAUAAAUAAGAAUAAAAAUGUGCACCCCACCACCGAGACCAUUCCAUUGUAACUAUCCAACCUCCCAAAAUUUCAACACCUCUUGCGAUGAUUUGGCCAACUCUAAUGGUUAAGGCUUUAGCCAUAAUCAGUGAAGUUCAAUGAGAAGAAAUUAAUGCCUUUAAUUUUGUGCCUUUUUCUAACAGUGGAACAGCUGGCUGCAUUUGCUGCUGGAGUUAGGCAGAUGUUGGAGGAUGUUCAAGAGCGUCUGGUCUACAGAACGCAUAUCUACAUUCAGACUGACAUUAUAGGCUACAAACCGGCCCCGGGUGAUCUUGCCUAUCCUGCUAAGCUGGAAAUGAUGGCGGUAAGAGUCUAUGCAUUUGUCUGAUUCUGAACAGGCAAAACCCCUUGCAUUCAACUAAGCUAGGAGUUCCCAAACUGUGCUCCAGCUAUGGCAAAUUUGUCUAUCAUUGGCUGCUAGCUACAAUGGCUAUGUACUGCCUUUACUUCAUGGCUCUCUGGACCCAUUGGUGGAGUUGCAAGUGGAGAGAGUGCUUUUGCCCACCUUUGGGGCAUCACAUAGCUAUCCGGUUGACCACUGUAAGAAGAGGAUGCUGGACUAAGUGGGCCUUUGACCUGCCUGAUACAGCAGAGCUCCUUGAUGUCUUUAUGUUCAUACCGUCUGGUGAAAUCCAAAGACAUGCCAUUAGGGGAGCUCCUACGUUCUGGACAGCCAGAUGUAGAGAACAUGGCUAGGAGAUGCACAAGGCCUUCCUGGUUUUUCUUCAAUAGCUUCACCAAGCAUUAGGAAUGAAAUUUAAGGUGUCCAUUGAAGCAGCCUUCAGUAGAAGGGUGGUUCAAAGCAUAUAGUUACCCCAAAUCCAGACACUACAGGUUCCCUCACUGUGCAAUUGGAGGAGUGCUCUGUAAAGUCCCAGUGUCUAGACGACUAGAUAAAGGUAAAGGGACCCCUGACCAUUAGGUCCAGUCGUGACCGACUCUGGGGUUGCGGCGCUCAUCUCGCUUUAUUGGCCGAGGGAGCCGGCAUACAGCUUCUGGGUCAUGUGGCCAGCAUGACUAAGCCACUUCUGGCGAACCAGAGCAGCGCAUGGAAACGCCGUUUACCUUCCUGCCAGAGCAGUACCUAUUUAUCUACUUGCACUUUGAAGUGCUUUCAAACCGCUAGGUUGGCAGGAGCAGGGACCAAGCAAUGGGAGCUCACCCUGUCGCGGGGAUUCGAACCGCUGACCUUCUGAUGGCAAGUCCUAGGCUCUGUGGUUUAACCCACAGCACCACCCAUGUCCCUUGGACGACUAGAUGGUGACAGAUAAAUACAUCUGACCCUGGAACUUUCCUUUUACUCAUUUGCCAAUAUCCACCCAGCUUAGGCUUGGCGAUUAUUCUUCUUUUCCAUCAACAUCAGGAAGAACUUUCUGACAGUAAGAGCUGUUUGACAGUGGAACGGUCUCCUUUGGGAGGUUGUGGGCUCUCCUCCUUUGGAGGUUUUGCAGCAGAAGUUGGAUGGCCAUCUGUCAUGGAUGCUUUAGCUGAGAUUCCUACACUGCAGGGAGUUAAACUAGAUGCCGCUCAGGGUCCCUUCCAACUCUUAUGAUUCAUUUGGGGCAGACUUUCUAAACCUGGUGCCCUUUGGAGAUUGUUGAAUUUUGCUAAUGGUACGGAAAGUUGGGACUGUGUUUCAGCAACUUUUGAGAGUCAUCAGGUUGAAGGGUGGCAUAUAAGUCAAAUAAAUAAAAAUUGAUAGUUUGGGCUAGGCAGGUGUUGCUCUUGGUGACUGGCUUUGGAGAGGAAGGGAGGGAGGCUACCUCCCAAACAGGUAUUUCUUCUAAAUAGCCUGCCUAAAUCGGAUGGAGAGCACUCAUUGACUGGACCACUAUGUGGCACACUGGUGGAAUAAUUAACCGGUAAACAGAUUAUCGUUUCUGACACACAUCUAAAUAAAAAACAUGAAAGGUGGGAGAAAAUAUUUCAAGGUGAACUUUCUCAUUUGCCGGAGGCUUGUUAAUUUGGCAAGCAAACCCAACUGCAAUGAUGUGGCUUCUUAGACACCCAGACCCUCGCGGAACUUAUGGGAAAUGCAGGACUGAUUUUCCAGUCGAAACAGAAACUAUGUGAUACUUGACUCCACUUUCCAAGAGGUUCCCCCCCCCCCCCAAUAACUGCCGUGAUGUGUCAGUUGUAGCAUUUCCCCCCCACUUUCCUCCUGAGGAGUUGGACUAAGCAUUGUUCUCUUGCAGAUCAGUGGGAAAUUCUAUGAUGGAAAUAUAAUAAUAUAAAUUUGUUUGUUUUGCUUUUCCUGGUAGCAAAUUGCCCAAAGUCUAAAAGACGAAGAGAGAAAGUUGCCUGCAGAUCCUUCUUUUUCAGAUAUGAAGCUGGAAGAUUCGGAGAACUGCAGUGUGGUAAAAAAUGGUGUGUGGUUAUUUGAAGUAAUUUGUACUUGUAGAAACAUGCUAAUAAUGACAACUGUAUUUGCUUAUGGCUUUUCAAUAUUUGGAGAGAUCUCAAGAGAGAAGCAAACAUAAAAUGAAGUAUUUUAUAUUUUAACAAGGACCAGCUUUUGGGUAUUUUAAAUAUCAUUCUUGAACCUGUAGUUGUAAUUACUUGUGACUGUUAUAUUCUGAAAGGUUUUUUUGGUUAUGAUUCCUAUUACAAAGGGGUUGCAAAGAGGCAUGACAAGAUAGAUUUCUUGGUUUCGGCCUAGCUGUGGAAUCAUGAAGACGUUAUCCAGUAGUCCUGGGGCAGUCUUUACUUCCUGGGGGUAUCUUUUUUUACACAACACAACAAAACAAAAGAUGCACAUUAAGUCCCUUGGCUCACUUACACUCCCUUUCCCCUCAAAGCUUCCUGGUUCCUACUUGGAACCCACAAAAUGAUUAUCCAUUCAGUGCAGAUUAGUGCGAUGGAUCAAGUAUGAAUAAAAAAAAUUGAACUGGUUCAGUCAGUACUGAGUUAAUAAAUAAAUACAUAAAUAAAUCUCAGCAGAAACACUCCUCACAUUGCUGGUACCCAAGCAGGGGGAGAUCUAUUGUCACACAUCCCCAAAAUUGCUGUAUUAGGGUCUGAGGAGACUGACUUGCCUGCUUUUCGUGUUGGGACAGUCUCCCUAUCCAUGUUAAGAUAGCAAGGGAAGCAGGUAAAGGUAAAGGGACCCCUGACCAUUAGGUCCAGUCGUGACCGACUCUGGGGUUGUGGCGCUCAUCUCGCUCUAUAGGCCGAGGGAGCCGGCGUACAGCUUCCGGGUCAUGUGACCAGCAUGACUAAGCCGCUUCUGGCGAACCAGAGCAGCGCACGGAAAUGCCGUUUACCUUCCCGCUGGAGCAGUACCUAUUUAUCUACUUGCACUUUGAUGUGCUUUCGAACUGCUAGGUUGGCAGAAGCAAGGACCGAGCAACGGGAGCUCACCCUGUCGUGGGGAUUCGAACCGCCGACCUUCUGAUCGGCAAGUCCUAGGCUCUGUGGUUUAACCCACAGCACCACUCACGUCCCUAAGGGAAGCAGGAGUCAGUGGCAAAUAGUAUUCUUGGAUGUCUGAAUUGUCAGCAUCCAAUUUAGACAUUCUGAGUCUGGUGGAAUCGCCUAAUGGUUCUUUUCUCUCUUUUUAGUGCUUUUGUACUAUUGAAUGUUUUCCCUUGUGUUUUCAUAUCUUGCUUUUCACUUGCCUAAAACGGCUUACCUUGCUCCAGGCUCAGUCUGGGACCUGAGAGGAAAUUUCUUCCCUUGGUGGUUUUGCUGGAAGCCUUUCUUGUCAACCCAAGGGAGGCACUUCUCGAUAGUAUACUUUCUGAUACUGUAUUAUGUUCUCUGAUGCUGUAUUGGAUAUCAAGGCUGCCAACCGCAGCUGUCAGGUGCAAACUGUUACAAUACAAAGUGCAAAUACGUCAACCUAAAGACACCCCUUUUUGAUAAUAAGGGGGGGCAUGUCUGUAAUUGAUUACCAUAAAGUUUAUCAUUGCAUAUUAAGUUCUGUAGUAGCAAGCCUUGCAUGUGAUCUUUGUGUUCCAGAUCCAUUGGAAUCCUGCCAUCCUAGACUUCAUGCUACAAUUUCACCCGCAGAUCUGCAUGGCAUGUGGUACCCUACUGUGAGAAGAACGCUUGUGUGCCUUUCCAAGCUUUACAGAUGUAUUGAUGUAGGUAUAGAAUUAUGUCUAGCCUGGAAAAUAAGGCCGUCUGUGGCUGCUAACCAAGACGGCUUUGUUUUACCUUCAUGCCUGGAGACCUUGUAUCAAAUCCUGAUUAAGCAAGACCCAUAGAAAACUCCAAAGAAACUCUAUACAAAAGAAACUCUAUAACCUUAGCAGUCAAUACCAGUAAAGAUCAUAACGCGCAAUUGAAAUUUGUGCUCCAGAAGUGAGGGGUUGGGGUGGAGGAGAUGCACAAUGUUGCUCAUGUUGGUUUUAACCAUCAUGGGACUGAAACUGCCUUGGUUGUGCUGGUUGAUAAUCUCCGGCAGGCUAGGGACAAAGGUGAGAGCUGUUUCCUAGUUCUGCUGGAUCUCUCAGCGGCUUUUGAUACCAUCAACCAUAACAUCCUUCUGGACUGUCUAGAGGGGCUGGGAGCUGAGGGCACUGUUAUACGGUAGUUCUGCUCCUUUCGCCUGGGCCGUGUUCAGAAAUUAGUGGUGGGGGAUGAGUGUUCAGACCCCUGGGCUCUCACUUGUGGCGUGCCUCAGGGUUCCGUCCUCUCCCCCAUGCUUUUUAAUAUCUAUAUGAAGCCGCUGGGAGAGAUCAUCAGGGGGUUUGGGCUGGGUGUUCAUCAGUAUGCAGAUGACACCCUUCUCUACCUCUCUUUCAAAUCAGAACCAGUGAAGGCGGUGAAGGUCCUGUGUGAGUGUCGGAAGGCGGUUGGAGGAUGGAUGGCGGCUAACAGAUUGAGGGUGAAUCCUGACAAGACAGAAGUACUGUUCUUGGGGGACAGGAGGCGGUUGGGUGUGGAGGACUCCCUGGUCCUGAAUGGGGUAACUGUGCCCCUGAAGGACCAGGUGCGCAGCCUGGGAGUCAUUCUGGACUCACAGCUGUCCAUGGAGGCACAGGUCAAUUCUGUGUCCAGGGCAGCUGUUUACCAGCUCCACCUGGUACGCAGGCUGAGACCCUACCUGCCCGCAGACUGUCUCACCAGAGUGGUGCAUGCUCUGGUUAUCUCUCGCUUGGACUACUGCAAUGCGCUCUAUGUGGGGCUACCUUUGAAGGUGACCUGGAAACUACAACUAAUCCAGAAUGCGACAGCUAGACUGGUGACUGGGAGUGGACGCUGAGAUCAUAUAACACCGGUCUUGAAAGACCCACACUGGCUCCCAUUACGUUUCUGAGCACAAUUCAAAGUGUUGGUGCUGACCUUUAAAACCCUAAACGGCCUCGGUCCAGUAUACCUGAAGGAGUGUCUCCACCUCCAUCGUUCUGCCCGGACACUGAGGUCCAGUGCCGAGGGCCUUCUGGUGAUUCCCUCGCUGCGAGAAGCCAUGUUACAGGGAACCAGGCAGAGGGCCUUCUCGGUAGUAGCACCCACCCUGUGGAACGCCCUCCCACCAGAUGUCAAAGAGAAAAAUUACUACCAAACUUUUAGAAGACAUCUAAAGGCAGCCCUGUUUAGGGAAGCUUUUAAUGUUUAAUAGGUUAUUGUAUUUUAGUGUUUUGUUGGAAGCCGCCCAGAGUGGCUGGGGAAACCCAGCCAGAUGGGUGGGGUAUAAAUAAUAAAUUAUUAUUAUUAUUAUUAUUAUUCAUGGUCAACUAGUCAUUAUAUGUGGGCUUUGGUCAUAUGUGCCGCUGUUGGAGGAAUUCACACUUUUCUUAGUGUCCGACCAGUGCAAGCAUUUAUCCUUCCUCUGUGCUCUGUUUUGAAUGUUCUCCUGACCCUCCAGAGCAGAUUGUGGGAGGUGUGGGGGCACACAGGGGAAGGAGAGGGGCAGAAAUCCUGUUUCGCUACUGGAAACGCUUGCAUUGGUUUCUUCUAGCUUGCCUGGUUAGUUGAAUCCUGGCCCAGUGUCUUUGAAUUGGCCUAUGCAGCUUUGUUUUAAGACAUAAUAUAUACCUGUUUACUCUUCCAGUAACAUUGUACCUGAAAUGUUGUGGAAGCUUGCGAUUAAAACAGCCUUGUUUGGGAUGCUGAAAGGUCUUUCAGAAUGGCUGCAGUGAAUAGACAAUAUAGCAUUAAAUCGCUGGCUCUCCCAGAUCACCCAGAUUUGCAAUACCCCUGUUCACAAACAAGAUCAGACACAUUCUGUGACUUCCUAUGAGAAUGAAUGAUGAGCAUGACUCCAUUUGUGUUAAAUGCCUCUUUCUGUGGCUGCAUCCAGUGCUUUGGGGAGGGGGGGCAGGGGUACACAUACCCCUAAACAUUUUGUGAAUCAAAGUUUGGCCUCAUUGAGGGGCAGUAUUUCAAUAUGAGUGGGAAAAUGAGAGUACUCCUAAACAUUUUUUUAAGAAAAACUGGAUGCACCAAUGUAAUAAAUUCUGAAGUUCUCAAUACAGUGGUACCUUGGGUUACAUAUGCUUCAGGUUACAUACGCUUCAGGUUACAGACUCCGCUAACCCAGAAAUAGUGCUUCAGGUUGAGAACUUUGCUUCAGGAUGAGAACAGAAAUCGUGCUCCGGCAGCACAGCAGCAGCAGGAGGCCCCAUUAGCUAAAGUGGUGCUUCAGGUUAAGAACAGUUUCAGGUUAAGAAUGGACCUCCGGAAUGAAUUAAGUACUUAACCCGAGGUACCACUGUACCUUCUUGGAGUCAUUGUAUGUUUCACGUAUUGCAUAAAUUGUGGCUAUUGUACAUAUUAUCUUUUCUAAAUCCAGUGUCUUGAGGAACUAUGGGAAAAUACAAGUGAAGCAUGGGAUGAUAGUGCUUAAAUUUGCAAAUUGAGGGUGCCAGCUUUAGACGACCUUCCUCAAGGAUAAAGGCCUGACCUUUAUGAACAUUUGCAUUCUUUUUCUUCUCCAGAGGGCAGUCUUCCAAGGAUUAUCGCAGGAGGCCUUAUCUGCCUGCAUACAGUCUUUGCUAACAGCGGCAGAUUCCAUUUCUAAAAACAAGGUUGGGUAAUGUUCUUUUGUGUUGGAGGGAUGUAAUAAUACAAGUUUUCAUAUUGCGAAUGUGUAAUAUUUUCAUAUAAAGAAUGUCUCUAUAAACUUUUCCUAGGAGUGCACUGCACCAAAUUUGAGACGGUUUUGAAAAAUAUUUGAAGUGCAUGUACUUCCGUUUUUCCUUAGGCAUAAGCCUAGCCUAGCCGCUAUUUCAUUCAAAUGGGGAAAGAACAGUGAUGAGAUUUUCCUUUUCAAAAAAACAAAGACAGGUGGAGAUGUGGGAUAUUUCUGGUGGUGAUUGAGGUUGGCAAGAAAGGAUAUGAGUGGGGUAACUGUGAAAGCGUGGGGAAGCUGAAGAAAAAGCAUAUUUGAUAGCAUGGUGAUGUUUUUCAUUCAGCAGUAUAAAUUAGCUAAAAUGACUUAAAAGGUAAAGGUAAAGGGACCCCUGACCAUCAGGUCCAGUCAUGGCCGACUCUGGGGUUGCGACGCUCAUCUCACUUUAUUGGCCGAGGGAGCCGGUGUACAGCUUCCGGGUCAUGUGGCCAGCAUGACUAAGCUGCUUCUGGCAAACCAGAGCAGCGCACGGAAACACCGUUUACCUUCCCGCUGGAGCGGUUACCUAUAUAUCUACUUGCACUUUGAUGUGCUUUCGAACUGCUAGGUGGGCAAGAGCAGGGACCGAGCAAUGGGAGCUCACCCCAUCGUGGAGAUUCGAACCACCGACUUUCUGAUCGGCAAGUCCUAGGCUCUGUGGUUUAACCCACAGCACCACCCACGUCCCUUCAGACUUAAAAUGUAGGUGCUUACAAAUUUGCAUGUGAUGAUUCAAAAAUAGAACAAUUCAAUGGCAAAAGAAUCCAAACAUGCAUAAUGCUGUUAGGGACUCCCAACUACUUUUGCAGCGAUCUCUCUGCCCUCUUUUAGGCAGUGGUGCAUAGCACAAAUAUGAAUCGCUGCCUCUCUGUAGCGUGUUUGUAAGAGACAUGUAUAUGAUUUAAUGGGAAGUAGGUAGGUAUCCUAGGAUACAAAGGGGAUGAAAUUGCUUUUUUAUAAGUGGACAACCGGUUGACCAAUGUCUAUCCCUUUUCUCUUUAUUUUUUACAUUAAUUUUUUGUUACAAUUUAGACCCAGGUUGACGGACAGCUUUUCUUAAUAAAACAUCUUUUGAUUCUUCGUGAACAAAUUGCUCCUUUCCACACUGAAUUCACCAUUAAGGAAAUUUCCCUGGACCUUAAGAAAACUAGAGGUACUGCAUUGUGCUGACUGGUCAGUCUGAGUGGGUCUGCCCCUCCUCCGAUGUGCCAGCCACGAGGGUUGAGGGCCAAGCUACAUGUUGCAUCGGAGAGCCGUUACCAGGUUUCCCAAUAUCUUUUUCUUUCUUUAAAAGCAACCACAAGCACCCCUCAAAUUGGAUCAGAGCAGCGACAUUUGGAGGAAGGGGGUUUAGCUCUUGCACCGUAUCCCUGAUCAAAAUCGACCCGUUCCGAAAGUUGCUAUUAUCUUUUUGGUGGAGAUUUCUCUGCUUUUCUUAUUCAUUCAUACAGUGGUACCUCAGGUUAAGUACUUAAUUCAUUCCGGAGGUCCGUACUUAACCUGAAACUGUUCUUAACCUGAAGCACCACUUUAGCUAAUGGGGCCUCCUGCUGCUGCCGGGCCGCCGGAGCACAAUUUCUGUUCUCAUCCUGAAGCAAAGUUCUUAACCUAAAGCUCUAUUUCUGGGUUAGCGGAGUCUGUAACCUGAAGCGUAUGUAACCUGAGGUACCACUGUACUUUUCAGGUUUAUACAUUUCAGUGAUUUUACAAUCAUUUUGACAUUUCAAAAACUUGGCUUCCAUCCCCCUCUUUCUGUGGUUCCUUAAAUUUGUUUUUAAUAUCUGCUGCAUAUCCAAAUUAACUUAAUUUGUUCAUUUAUUCAUCUUCUUUCAAUAUAUACUCUUACAAAACUGCAGGUUGUUACAAUAAUCCUGCCAAUGUUUCUAUCUGUUUAUAAUUUAUAGUUUGUAAUGGACCGUAUUUUUCGCUCUAUAAGAUGCACCAGACCACAAGACGCACCUAGUUUUUGGAGGAGGAAAACAAGAAAAAAAAAUCUGAAUCUCAGAAGCCAGAACAGCAAGAGGGAUCGCUGCGCAGUGAAAGCAGCAAUCCCUCUUGCUGUUCUGGCUUCUGGGAUAGCUGCGCAGCCUGCAUUCGCUCCAUAAGACGCACACACAUUUCCCCUUACUUUUUUGGAGGGAAAAAGUGAGUCUUAUAGAGCAAAAAAUAUGGUAUCUUUUUGGUGUCAAUUUCAAUCAGGGAAGUGGUGCAGGAAGAAAGACUCGAAACCUCCCAAUGCUACUGGCCUGAAGCAAUUCAGGGUCGACAUGGCUGAUUUUAUGUAAAGGAGAAAGUGUGGGAGAUCCAAGAAUGGCUUUUCCAUGCAGCCUGUUGUUUGUCCUUCUGUUUGUUUAUGUUCACCUGCAAUCGCCUGCAUGCUGCUCUGCAUUCUCUUGCAUUGAACUAACUGGAGCUCAGCCUUUCUUUUGAGGUCCGGAUGGGAAAGUUCCCGAAAAGCCUUUCAUAUUCCUUCACAUCAGUUCUGGUGGUUUUCUUUUUUAAAAAAAACUAAACUCAAAUCCUCCUAACUCUGAUCUGUUAAAAAUGGUACCUGAGUAUCCUGCUUUCCAUUCACAUAAUGUUUUUUCUAUGCUAGCGUGCUCCACCAAGGGACAGAGUCAACAGGCAGGUGCCAAUAUAAGGGGAGGGUUGCUGCUGGCUGGUGGUUGCUAUAGCUUCCUGCUCUAACCCUUCUUUGCAGCUGGUAGCAUUCUGCGCCAUCUUGACCUCUUCUGAAAGCAGAGGAAUUGGGUCUUUGGCUUUAGCAGACUUGGUGCAGGAUUAUCAGGUGUGAUCCCUGCUAUGUCCAGAGGCUUUAGAAAUAAAUAGGUUUUUAGAAAAGCUAAGUAUCUAGUAAGCUUCGUACUGUACAGUAUUUUCUCUGCUGGUGGAGGAGGGUACCCAGAGGGAGUUACUGCCUUUCUCUUGAGGCAGAGCUUCUGCAGAUUAAGCAUCCUAUUCUCCUCUUUUGUGGAGGAACCACCUCUUGAGAUGGUGGAGUUUCUCCCAGCUUCAGCUUUCAGGCUAUUUUGGACCUUUUUCUUCUUCCUUAUUUCCCCAGCACUUAGUGAUGGUGGAAAGAGAUUCUUUGAUUCCUGUGUUGUUUUUUAAAAAAAAAGGUUGGUUGAAAGGGGACUUUCCUCAAGCUAGGUGAGGGGGGCUCUGCUGCCAGCAUCUACAGUUCUUCAAUUCUUUGGCACUCUGGGUACCCUCUUAACUUAGCUUGGAGGUUUUUAAGCAGAGCAUGGAUUGCUAUCUGCCUUGGGUGAUUCCUGCAUUGCAGAGGGUUGGACUAGAUGACCCCCAGGGUCCCUUCCAACUCUACAAUUCUGUGAUUCUAUGAGUCUAUCCACUGAUGAGAAAUAAAAUUUACGGUAAAUUUGAGUUUUCUAUUCCAUUUCCUUCUGCAGAUGAGCUUUGCUUUGUUUAAUGAUUGAAGCUUAAAACGCACAAAAAUUACUUGCCUAGAACAAAUCAGGAAGCUCUUUUUUUUUUUACUUAGAAAAUUGACUGCGAAAGCUAUUUGCAUUGUAUAAUUAAAACAAAUGUGCUUAUCAAAUGUCACUUGGACAAAAUAUACAAAGAAAAGAAUACGCCGAGGUGUGUAUUAUUCUUGCAAAUACAUUUUAAAGCAAGUGGGAAAAUGGAGGCGAGGUAAGAAAAGGAAGGAAUACUUGAAUCCUCAAAAUGUUAUUGCCUAUGAGCCAGUGAAUGGGGAUUAGAAAUACCUUCUAUCUGUUCUGUCUCUGUAGUUUGAAGCAGUUACGUUGCUUGUCUGCUAAUAUGCUACUAUCUUGCUUUGAACAAACUUGCUCUUAUAACUAACAAUUCUACUCAUUGCAGCUGAACAUGGAUGAGACCUCUGUCGUGUUAAGUAGUUUCUAGUUAACAAGCAAAAGGGUAAAUAUGUCCUGCUGGUGUCCUAUGCUGGCUGGUAUAUAAUUUUAUUCUGAGCAUUUAUUAGAUGAAUAAAAAUUUUAUACCAGCCAGUUAAUAAUGGAAGGUGGUAAGUAACCGAAAUGCGUACCUGUCUCCCCCUCCUCCAAGCUGAAAAUGCAUGAGAGUGAGUGGCAAAUAUACAGUUAUAGUGAAGUAUUGUUGGUCACAAGAAAGCAUUAUUCUGCAUCUUCUUGGAGACCAAGGAGGAGAAGAGCUUGUCUCAGCAGGAGAGGGAGACUCCCUGGAUUCUUCAGUAGCCUCUUGACCACCCUCCUCUGCUUCAGCCUCUGAGUCUGAACUGCUCCCUCCCACAGGCUCUUCCUGCUCACUAAACCCCGUUGCCCUUUCAGCAUCCAGCCCCUCCUCCUGAUCUUCUCCCUCUGACUUCUCAGUGUCCCACCACCAACCCCCUGACUCAGAGCCUUCCUCUUCUGGGGUUUCCCUUGCGGCGGGUUCCCUGGAUAUUGCCUCCCACCACUCCUCUUUGCCCAGCCAGUUCCUGACAUCAGCUACACCCAGACUUAGGGGAAGGAGGCUGGAGUUGUCAAGGGCAGUGAACCUGAGGGAACCUGUUGAAAGGGUUUUCCCCCCGUGGGGAAAAAGGGGGUGGAGAUCUAAGAAAGAGGGCACCGGAAGCUGAGCAGGUGUGUUUGGUGCUAGGCUGAAGGCUACCAAAGUGUUCCAGUCUGCUAGCGCAGUCAGUUGAUUUGCAGAGUGCUGCCUUGGCUUUAGUGGGUAUAAGAGUUUCAGAGUCUGGGGGGUUAGGAUGCUCUCUUCUCCCUAUCGGUGGAGAAUGGAGGCCAGUGCUGACAGUCUAGCAUCCUCGUAUUUGAUUGCUAGCUUUUGACAGCACUGCAGCCGUAGACAGACAAGAUGGGAAUUAAGCGAUAGAAAUGGUUGCAUUCUGGCAACAUGCUCAUACACCAUGGGCUUGACCCCAGCUGCCAUAUAUUGUACUGUGAAUUAAACCCAUUUCCCAUGGGAAGGUUUUUUUGUUUAUCAUGGACAGAAUUGCACUUAAGAGAGAGAGAGAGAGCCUGAGAGAAUUCGUUACUUGCUAACGAAAACUUGCUUUGUAUAUAUCCGCAGCUUAGAAAAAUAAGACGACGUUUGCAUAACCAAACUAUUUAUAUUAGACCGUAUUUGUAUUCCGUUUUGUUCUGGAUUAUUAUUAUAGGGUAUUUAUUAGCUGAUAAAUUUUGAAACAGAAAUGUUCUUCAGGAGAUCUGCAAAAGAUCUAGUAUUCAGACAACGAAUAAUACGGGGGUUUUUUUUGAGCAAAAUCCAAAUAAAUUUAGCUCCAGUAAAAAUAUAAGUGAAAGUGCUAGUCUCAUUUUUUAAGGAAGUUUCAAUUAUUAUUUUUGCCAAUUAAUUUUUAUUAGUUUUCAUCAAUUAAAAUAAAAUUACAUUUGAAGCAGGUUUAUACAGCAAAAUCAGACCUUUAAAACAUCCUUGAGCACUUUUACUCUAUAAAGUUUUUCUACUGCCUUCCUUGAAGCCUCUGCAACUGCUUUUAGCUCUCAGACCUCUUGAUGGAGGUUCUGGGGAAAUUGUGAUCUGAAAAGACUCCCUUCUUCUUGUUGCCAUCUUGUCAAAGUGGGCACAGGUAAAUAGUCGUCGUUCCCCCCGGAAGUGUGUCACCAAUAACCAGACCUGGGUAAUAUGGUAAGUCUGUGUCCAAAAAGCAAGUGGGGCUUCUCAGCUGUGUAGAUGGUGUCAGAGUCAAUAUAUUGACAAGAUUUUAAAAAUAAUCAGCUUUCCUACAUAAACAGUAGCAAAUCACAGUAUAUAAAAUGCCUUACCUUAAUAUCAAUGGAAGCAGAGACUGGCCAGUUUAAAACUUCUCGAAAGAUGAAUGUAUGAUUUUAUGUAAUAAUGCAAAAUUGGCAAACUACUUUGUUCUUGUGAAACCAAUAUAUAGAUGAGCUGAUGUGCUAAGAAUGUAGUCCUCAAUAAUAUAUUGCUAAUUAUAAUAUACAUAAAUCUGUAUUCAUCAGGUUCAAAUAAAUCUGUUUGUGUUUUAAACACACAGGAAUUACAGUUUGUAGACUUCCUAUUUGCAUAUUCAAAGUACACAUUCUAGACACAUGAAGGAUCCAUGGGAUAAUUUUUGAGAAUUCAUAGAAAACUCUAUACGGUUUUCAUAUUCUUGGGUCAAGGGAGAACAAGGGCAGAAGCAGAACACUCCUUAAAAUAAUGUGAACUUUAUGCAAGCGGUUUUGUUUCCACAGAUGCUGCCUUUAAAAUCCUGAACCCUAUGACCGUUCCACAUUUCUUUAGGCUUAGUAGCAACAAUGCGCUGAUACAGUUCCUGCUGGAGGUAAAGAGCAUUUGUUAACGGUGCAUUUGAAAAAAGUCUAAUUUUUUGAAGUGUAGCCAUUUCAGAAGAGUUGAGAAAGGGAGAAACUACUGUGUCUGUGUUCCAGGGUACUCCGGAAAUCAGAGAGCACUAUAUUGACUCUAAGAAGGAUGUCGAUCGACACUUGAAGUUUGCCUGUGAGCAGUUCAUUCAGCAGCAAACCAAGCAGUUUGUGGAGCCUCUGGAGGAAUUCCUGGCGAAGGUGUGCGAGAUCCUAUGGUAGCACCAUUGGUAUCUUAAGCGGCUGUGUUUGGUAUAUUUAUGUUGGUUGGAUUGUUGACAGAAAGGAACAUAGACAUUGUACAGGGAACAUCUAUCCCCAAUUCAUUAGAGAACUGUAAUGUCAUACCUACACCCUUGUGCAAAUUAAUUGAAACAAACAGUGUAGUUUAUUGUACAAAACUCACAUAUACGUGUACAAAACUAACAUAUACGUAUGUUCAUAACGGAUAUGACCUCCGCUAUUUUUAAGCCGCAUUUGAACACGAUUUGGCAUGGAGUCUACUAGUUUUGAACAGUCACUGUUGAUUUUCAGAUCCCUGUACAACACUUCAAUCAGCGCCUGAAUGAGCUCUUCCAUAGUCGUACAGUCUACAGCACGGAGACGACUUUUGCAUAUAGCCCACAAAUUCUCAAUGGGAUUUAUGUCCGGGGAAUUCCCUGGCCAAUCAAGUACCUGUAUUUGCUGCUCUGUCAUAAUUUCUUCACCACUUUCGAUGUGUGACAGGGGGCUAGGUCCUGCUGCAAUAUCCCAGUAUACCUCUUUUCCAGCUCUGGAAUAACUCUCUUUCAUAGAACCUCAAUAUAUUGUGGCGAGCGCAUCAUUCCUUCUGUUGGCUGCAGGCUUCUGACUCCAUAAUGAUCAGCUGACUUUUCGUGUUUGUUUUGAGUACAGGAUUACGAGUAAGAUAGAAAACAUGCUUUGUUCAAUUAAUUUGCACGAGGGUGUAGGUUGCCUUAUAUGAAUACAUUGGUAUAUCUAACUGAAAGGAGAAUAACCUGUGGCCCUCCCAGUGUUCAGGGAUGAUGGGAGCUAUAGCUCAGUAACGUCUGCAGGGCCACGGGCUCAGCAACCUCAAUGCCAUUCAAUAUGUUAUCAACACAAGCAUUCCUGAGUCAGCUGUACUGAGAUGCCUUUCGGCAACACUCACACCUAGAAAAAGAGGUGCCAGAACUCGCAAGGAACACCUCCCUUGUUCUCUUAUACAGUCGUGCCUCAGAAGUCGAAUGGAAUCCAUUCCGGAAGUCUAUUUGACUUCAAAAAUGCUUGGAAACCAAAGCGUGUCUUCUGAUUGGCAGCAGGAAGCUCCUGCAGCCCAUCAGACAUUCGGCUUCCAAAAACAGUUCACAAAACAGGACACUCACUUCCGGGUUUGCGGCGUUCGGGAGCCAAAACGUUCAAGAACUAAGCUGUUUGAAAACCAAGGUACGACUAUAAUGGCAACGGCACCCACCUGAGAGGUGCCGGAACUGAGUCCCGGCGACUUCUGGCUGAAAAAAAGCCCUGUAAGUGAUAAUGGGGAAUAAAGAUAAACCAAAGGCUUGUUUUGCUGUGACACUACUACUUCUAUAGGCAGGGACACGGGUGGCGCUGUGGGUUAAACCACAGAACCUAGGACUUGCCGAUCAGAAGGUCGGCAGUUCGAAUCCCUGUGACAGGGUGAGCUCCCAUUGCUCGGUCCCUGCUCCUGCCAACCUAGCAGUUCAAAAGCAUAUCAAAGUGCAAGUAGAUAAAUAGGUACUGCUCCAGUGGGAAGGUAAACGGCAUUUCCAUGCGCUGCUCUGGUUCGCCAGAAGCGGCUUAGUCAUGCUGGCCACAUGACCCGGAAGCUGUACGCCGGCUCCCUCGGUCUAUAGAGCGAGAUGAGCGCCCCAACCCCAGAGUCGGUCACGACUGGACCUAAAGGUCAGGGGUCCCUUUACCUUUACUUUACUACUUCUAUGCCUGUAUAAACUGGACAUGUUAAGUCCUAAUUGAAAUUCCUCCAACCUAAUGAGAGUGCCAGCUAGCUCAUCUCUCUCACCCCAGCAGCUUUUCUCGUUUUGAGCCCUAAAGGGGGCGGGAGGGGAUAAAGAAACUAGUCUCAAUUUAGCCUUUGAAAAAUUGUGUUUUCCUCACUGCAUUCUCUUCCAGUUUCUGACUGGAUACGACUUUGGGAGAGGCGUUUGAAGAAAGCCCAAACAGUUGCCUUUUAUAACCUGCUUCCUUUGGAAGGGUUCCCGGGCGCUCUUUCGUAACUACCGAAAAGCAUUGUGAAAUUGCCACUUCUAGUUUUAAUAGCUGCAAGCCCUAAUAGCUAGAUUUUCUUGGCAAGUGGCUUCUGAGAUCUGGCUCAGUCUGGUAAUUUUCUGUGAAGCAGCAAGUUUGAAUCUCAGCCUCCGUUGAGAAUUACUUUGGUGGCCUUCGCAUAACUCAGCCCAGAUGCAGUACGGGAAUAAUAAUUCUGGCCUAUCUUAUAUGGUUGUUAUAGCUAUUGCUGGGGUUCUGCAUAUAAAGACCUUUAAACACUUUACAAUACCAACAUGACUGCUAAGCACGACAUAGCAUUUGAUGCAUUGCUUGUUUUCCAUCUCAUUACUUUAGGUUUCUGCUCUGAAGGCAAUGGCUACUCAAGGCGGUCCUAAAUACAGCCUUUUGCAGCAACCUUGGGCACAACCAGGUAAUCUCUUUAGGUGCAAUCUCACAGCCCUUUGUACAUGCUUACCUUUCUUUUCUGCCUUCUGUGAGAUGGAGCUGGUUUGGCUCACAGACUUCGCCAUUCUGGAUCUUUUUUUUAUUUUAAACGUUAAUUUGUAAAAGUUUAAUUCAGGGGGGUAACUAUUCAAAGGGUUGACCGUUACCCAUCUUUAACGAACCUCACUUAACCGCUUUGGCUUGUAUCCAAGCUGAAUGGAAAAUAAGUAGAAUACAGUAAGUGUCUCCCGUACACAUGCAACAAAAGGUCCCAUGGAGGACAGAAAAUCCAUUUGUUUGCCAUACGCUCCAUGCCCAGCAUACAUAAGGAAGACAGCUUGCCGGCAAAAGGAGUGUUUGCCAAGGGAGAGGUCCUCUGUCUCGAGUAACUUUGCAUCCUUCUGCAAACAUUUGCUGCUCUUGUCCACCUUUCCUCUGGUGCACUUGCAAAUAUUGCUUUCCCUGCUUCCUGAUACCUGGUGCUUGGGAAAGCCACAGGCAGAGCCUUUAACCUUGAAAGCACAAUACAGUGGUACCUCAGGUUAAGUACUUAAUUCGUUCCGGAGGUCCGUUCUUAACCUGAAACUGUUCUUAACCUGAAGCACCACUUUAGCUAAUGGGGCCUCCUGCUGCCACCGUGCCGCCGGAGCACAAUUUCUGUUCUCACCCUGAAGCAAAAUUCUUAACCCGAGGUACUAUUUCUGGGUUAGCGGAGUCUGCAGCCUGAAGCAUCUGUAACCUGAAGCAUCUGUAACCUGAAGCGUAUGUAACCCGAGGUACCACUGUACUGUAUUGGCCCGAAUAUAAGCUGCACCUGUGUUGCUGGCAGCCUUUCCCCUUCCUCACUCUCUCCCUUCCCGGCCUUGGGGGAGAGGAUGCGGGGCGGGCGCGGCUUUGCCGCACUCCUGGCGCUGUGUGUCCCGCGCUCCUGGCUGCAUGCCGUAAGGCCGUGAACACAAGCCGCACUUGUAACUUUUCAUGGUCGGAAUUUGGAGGGAAAGUGAGGCUUAUAUUCAGGCCAAUAUGGUAAGUGGGAAGGAUGACAAUAUUGUGCAGUAGCAGGCAUCUCCUCCCCACCACUGUGUGCAUGGCAGUUGUAUCAUUGCGCACGCGCACACACACACACACACACACACACAUACACACAGUGGUGUGACUUUUUAGGUUGCAAAUCCAGGAGGCCCUUUCUCAAUGAGUUUUGUUGCAUUGUGACUGCCAUUGUUCUCUUCCCACUAACAAAUUACUUUUGGUUAACCGAAGGUGUAUGAUGUAGUCCAUGGGUAGGCAAACUAAAGCCGGGGGCCAGAUCCGGCCCAAUCGCCUUCUCAGUCGGGCCCACAGACAGUCCGGGAAUUAGCGUGUUUUUACAUGAGUAGAAUGUGUCCUUUUAUUUAAAAUGCAUCUCUGGGUUAUUUGUGGGGCCUGCCUGGUGUGUUUACAUGAGUAGAACGUGUGUUUUUUAUUAAAAUGCAUCUCUGAGCUAUUUGUGGGGCAUAGGAAUUAGUUCUUUUUUUUUUUCCAAAAUAUAGUCUGCCCCCCCCCACAAGGGACCAGUGGGAGGGACGGUGGACCAGCCUGCUGCUGAAAAAGUUUGCUGACCCCUGAUGUAGUCAGUUUGUGGAACUAAGGUUAAGGCCUGGUCAGUUACUGGAUGGAAGGCCAUCUCAUUUACACCUUAGUAAGGAAGGAAAGGCAGGAUAUAAAUGCAAUUUAUAUGUAUUGCUUUGAUGUUCAUCCCAUCAUUUCCAGAAGGAUUAGGGUUUGAGGGGUCACUAGGGGCGCAUCGGAAGAUGGCUGACAAUAACAUCUCUCCGACCCACAGGAGGUAAUUAGGAGGCUGUGAUGGGAGUAAAUAGCCUCCCUACCCCCCCCCCAGGAUUGUGGGGGGGGGGCUGCCUUUGCCUGCUGUGCCCUAUACCACCCCCAAAUUUGUGGGGAUGGGGGCACUAAGCAGAAUGCCCUUCUGUGGAUUUCGGUGCUGCUGGACGCUGUCUCUGAUCCGCGCCGCUAGCUGCAAGAACUUCAAAAGGAUUAAUUAGGAAGAAGCGAAUGCACAUAUUUCAAGGAAGGAGGGGGAGUAAAGACUGCUAACUGAAGAGUUCUCUGAUAAACAAGAAGAGUUGGAGGAACAAGAAUCAAUCAUGAGAAGAUAUGCCAAGACUCGGUAUGGCAAAGGGACUGGAUGGGGGAGGGGGAAAAAACUUUCCUUUCUUUCCUCUAUGUGAUUAAAUAAGAAUCCGCACCCCUUACAAGUCAGAAAUGCCGUUUUAAUGACUUAAGCUGUGGAUUUACGACUGUGUGGAGAUGAAUUUUCUAACCAAAGCAUGUUUUAAGAAGAGCGUGGAAAGUUUAAGAGCUUUGGAAUGACGCAGUUAAAAAUACCGUCGCCAUGAUGGCCAGCUCUGUCGGAGGACUUGAGUCUGGGAGGAGGAAAAGAGAUGUUUUUAUAUUGUGAGUGACUCCUCAGUGGGACUUAAGAACGACAGAUCCUGAGAUUAAUGAUGGAAAGAGCGAUGUUAUUUAUGAAAGUGAUGAUAUAUGGAAACCAUCUCGAUAUGAGGAUUGGACGAACGGAAAAAUUCACACAGGAUAUAAUUGGUGUUUAUCUGCUUAAGGAGAUUAUCAGAAGAGAUCAUAAAGAAAAAAAGAAAAAAUAUACGAACAAGAUGAGAUGUGGAAACAGCAAGAUAAGACUGGAUAGAAUUAUGAACUUUAUUUGGACUGAUUUGGACAUUAACGCAGUAGCAAGAAGAUGAUCAGAAUCCCCCUUCGGAUCUUGAAAUAUGGGUCCCCUCAACAAAAAUUUAAAAUUCGGCUUUGUAAUUCGGAAUUUAUGUGAUGUGAUUUGAUUUGAUUUGAUUGGUCGGUUAAUAAAAAUUAUUUAAAAAAAACUAAACAGAAGGAUUAGGGUUGCUUGCAAAUAUAUAUUUUACAGAAACUGACACAGCAGUUUUAGAUAUCUGCAAUGUAUGGAAAGAAAUGUAUGCAUUGCAGGGAGCUGGGCUUGGGGGUCCCUUUCCAGCUUUGCAGUUCUGUGAUUCUGUGACGAGCAUGUAGCAGGGCAGGUGCUUGCUUCGUAUAAGAGACAGCCAAUAAACCAUGACUGGAUUUCAAAAGGACAAGUUCUCUGCCACUAAUAUGUCUUUGAAUUCUGUUUCGCAGCAAAGAUUGCUGACUUGGUGUCUUCGACAUACAGGACCAUCAAAACAAAACUGCCCUCGACAUUGCAAAGCAUGUCGCUGUAUUUAUCCAACAAGGACACAGAGUUCAUCUUGUUCAAGCCGGUUAGGGUAAGUAUUUCGGUAGCGUUUCCUCUUUUUUUUAUUAAUAUGAGAACCAAAGUUUUAUAGGUUUUUCACUUUACAUACUUGAAUGCAUACUUUAAUAGUAGCUUAUUCAUAUUUGCAAACUGUUGCAACGUGUUUUAAGUCAAGUGAUUCUGUUUUGCCUCAAACUAAGCAACCUCUGUAGCUCAUCCCUUUGGUGAUUCUGUGGAAGUUUGUACCUUUUCUUGGACAAACGUAUGGUGCUAUAUUCUGGUAAAGGUAAAGGGACCCCUGACCGUUAGGUCCUGUCAUGGCCGACUCUGGGGUUGCGGCGCUCAUCUCGCUUUAUUGGCCGAGGGAGCCGGCGUACAGCUUCCGGGUCAUGUGGCCAGCAUGACUGAGCCGCUUCUGGCGAACCAGAGCAGCGCAUGGAAACGCUGUUUACCUUCCCGCCAGAGCAGUACCUAUUUAUCUAUUUGCACUUUGACGUGCUUUCGAACUGCUAGGUUGGCAGGAGCUGGGACCGAGCAACGGGAGCUCACCCCGUCACGGGAAUUAGAACUGCUGACCUUCUGAUCGGCAAGUCCUAGGCUCUGGUUUAACCCACAGCGCCACCCGCAUCCCCUAUAUUCUGGAGUGGCCUGCAAAAUCUUCCUGUAGCUAAUGCCACGUCUUUGGUUGUCCUCACUUCUUACACCACAGUUCCUGCUGCAUCCUGGCUCCUCUUCCUCUUCUCUAGUCUACCUAUAGUUCUCUGCUCUGCUGCCCUUGUAGUGCCAGGGAUGUCUGCAAGUGACCAGGAAAGGUGAUUUUGUGGAUGAGGAGUAAACGCCUGCAGCUGAGUUCAUGACAGAAUUUGUCCUAAUCUUUUUUUCGUUUACUUCCUGAAGCUGCCUAUAAGCCAUAUGUGGCUUGUAGAGCCAGUUUUGUUGCAGAAAAGGGAAAUCAAAAUGAGCUGUGACGACUCCUGUAUGAUGAAGAGUUGCAGCGUUUGGGGCUUUUUGGUUCAGGGGCAGGAAAGUUAAGGAUGGAACAUGAUAAAGGUGUGUAAAAUUAUUCACGGUGUGGAAAGCAGUUUGCCCCCCUUUCUCUUUCAUAGUACAGCGGUACCUCGGUUUACGAACAGUCCUGUUUAUGAACUAUUAGGUUUACGAACUCUGCAAAAACGGAAGUAGUGUUUGCAAACUUUAUCUUGGUCUACGAAAGGAAGCUGAAUGGUGGAAGGGCACCGGCAGCGGGAGGCUUCGUUAGGGAAAGCACGCCUCGGUUUGAGAACGGAUUUGGUUUAAGAACAGACUUCAGGAACGGAUUAAUUGGUACCACCGUACUAGAAUCUGGGGUCACCUAGAGAAGCUGAUUCUUCAAGCAGCACAUAGCAAGACUAUGAAAUUUGGCUUUCCGGGAUGUGAUGAUGGCCUCCAACUUUGGCUGCAAAGGGGAAUUAGCCUAUCGGCGACUGAUAUUCAUGAUGGGUAUACGCUACCUUCAAGGGACGCAGGUGGCGCUGUGGGUUAAACCACAGAGCCUAGGGCUUGCUGAUCAGAAGGUUGGCGGUUCGAAUCCCGCGACGGGGUGAGCUCCCAUUGCUCUGUCCCAGCUCCUGCCAACCUAGCAGUUCGAAAGCACAUCAAAGUGCAAGUAGAUAAAUAAGUACCACUCCAGUGGGAAGGUAAAUGGUGUUUCCGUGCGCUGCUCUGGUUCACCAGAAGCGGCUUAGUCAUGCUGGCCACAUGACCCGGAAGCUGUACUCCGGCUCCCUUGGCCAAUAAAGCGAGAUGAGCGCCGCAACCCCAGAGUCUGCCACGACUGGACCUAAUGGUCAGGGGUCCCUUUACCUUUACCUUAUACGCUACCUUCAGGGUCAGAGACCCCAAGCCUCUGAAUACCAGUUGCUGGAAAACAACAGUAUCGCUCAAGGCCUGGUUGUGGGUUUCCUGGAGGCAUCUAGUUAACAAGAUGCUGGAUUAGGCCAGGCGCAUCCAGCAAGGCUGCUAUUAUGUUCUGUCACUCCUGCAUCCUUCCAGUAGGCUGUGCCUUUACAGAUAAACGCUGCAUAAGGGGCCUUAUUCAUCUUAGGAGCUUAUGUAGACCGCCAGCUGCUGAUGUAGGUUUUCUUACACAGUGACAUCUCUGACCCCUUGAGUUUUAACUGCCUAAUGGGAGAAUGUAGAAGUAAAAAUGAAGCUUCUAAGUCACCUUUACUCAUUAGUUCUUCCCCAAACUGGAUAUCUGUUCUCUGUAUGCGUUCAUAUUUGAAGGCUGGUCUUAGGGUGAGGAAAGUUUUAAAUAUUUUAUUUAAAAAUAUUUGAUUUAUGUAUGGAUAUUGGGAUUACCAAAAAUGGAAAAUGUAAUAAAAAGUAUUAUUAUUAUUUUAAAAAGGAAAGUUUUAAAUAUGUUCUUCCUUUCCUCAGAACAAUAUUCAGCAAGUGUUCCAGAAACUGCAUGCUCUACUAAAAGAAGAAUUUAGCAAAGAAGAUCUCCAGAUUGUAGCCUGCCCUUCAAUGGAACAGGUAUGUAAGAAAACUCUUAUUUUAAAAGACCACUCUGUGUGAACUACAUUUUGGGUGAAAUUCGGUCAGAUCAAUAUAUUCUUUCAACUAAAUGUUCUGAGCACGGGAAGUUUGGCCCCUGAAUAUAUUUUGUGGAUGGCUUUAAGACAAAAGCAGCACAAAUGCUUGCUUUUGGGUUAUGUUGACAGGCUAGCAGUGCAUCCAGAAACAAAGCUACAGGAUGUCUCCGAUCUAGGCAAGAGCCAGCCGUUGUAACUGGUACAAGGGCCUUGCUCAAAACUUUGCCAGGGGUCGGCAAACUAAGGCCCGUGGGCUGGAUCAGGCCCAAUUGCCUUCUGGAUCCAGCCUGUGGAUGGUCCGGGAAUCGCCACGUGGAUCUGUUUGGGCUGUGCCAUUUCCCCUCCCACCACGGCGGCCCCUCCUCACUCCCUCCUGGCUUCUCCCUGCCCUGCGGAGGUAGGGGGCUGGGCUUUGAUUGGUGCCAGCCAAUUUGAAGCCUCACUGCCUGCAUGCCCAGACCCGCCACCCACCCUGUCUGUUCAUGGGCGCGCCUGGCGCCUGGGAAAGCUGGCCCAGAAAGGAGAGGGGGCUGCACUGCUGCCGGCUCCCAAUCGCAGGCAGAGCGGUGGAGGAGGUAGGAAAGCAGAGGGAGGGGAGGGGCUGGGGGGAGAGAGAAGCCCCCCCUCUGCCGGGAUCCCUGCUGCCCAGGGCUGAGGUCAACCCCCAAUUGCAUCUCCUUUCAGUCUCCAGAUAUAUAUAUACAGUGGUACCUUGGGUUACAUACGCUUCAGGUUACAUACGCUUCAGGUUACAGACUCCGCUAACCCAGAAAUAGUACCAUGCGUUAAGAACUUUGCUUCAGGAUGAGAACAGAAAUCGUGCUCCGGCGGUGUGGCGGCAGCAGGAGGCCCCAUUUGCUAAAGUGGUGCUUUAGGUUAAGAAUAGUUUCAGGUUAAGAACGGACCUCCGGAACGAAUUAAGUACUGUAUUUUUCGCCCUAUAGGACGCACUUUUUCCCCUCCAAAAAUGAAGGGGAAAUGUGUGUGUGUCCUAUGGGGCGAAUGCAUGCUUCAGGAAGCUAUCCGCAAGCCUGGGGAGCCCGCGGGAGUUCCUGCCUGGCUCCCCAGGCUUGCAGAUAGCAGCCUGCAACCUGAAGCGCACCCCGGGCUUCGGGCAGAUAUCUGAAGAGUUCCCGCCGGGUUCCCUAGGCUUGCGGAUAGCAGCCUGUUCUGGGGGCUGGGGUCGGAGGAAAAAUUUCUUUAUUCCCCCCCCCCCAAAAAAACCUAGGUGCGCCCUAUGGGCCGGUGCGCCCUAUAGGGCGAAAAAUAAGGUACGUAACCCGAGGUACCACUGUAUGUGUGUGUAAUCCGGCCCACCACAAGGUCUGAGGCACGGUGAACCGACCCCCUGCUAAAAACGUUUGCUGACCCUUGGGCUAUGCAGUCUGGGAUUUUUGUGGUAUGGUGUGCAGAAGCGAUUAGGAGGCCACAAACUCUUCCUCUGUGUGUGUCUGUAUGAGAGGGAAGCCCGCACCCCUGCCCAACGCACAGGAACGAGAUUGUGCUCCCAUUGAACAAGCCUCUUUUCCUCCUCUGAGUCCUUGCGGCAACGGAAGCGCUGCUCUGGGCAGCAGCCCUAUGUAUUGCCCUCAAAUAGUUUCAGAUCUCCAUAUCCAGGACCUUCCCUGUGCAAACCCCCACCCCCAAAUUUUACUGCUUUUGUAAAACAGGCGUUACGAGUUCCACAGUAGUGAAACCCCUUUGCCAUUUGCCUUCCAGGUAAAUCUCCUUUUGUCAACAGCAAAGUAGUCCCUCUUUGAGAAGCCUCUUCAAAUUGUCUGUCAGGCAGUGAAAUGGACAUUUAUCUGAAGCAGACUCAGGGUGUGCCAUCCUACCUGCUUUUAGCAUCAUCCAUCCGAAGGUCAGGUGAACAAGAAGAGGAUGAACCCCAGUAUGUUAUAACUUUUUUAAAAAAAUAAAGCAGAAAUACUGCUUUAUUCAGAACAAUGGUCAGCUUUUUUAGUUUGUUAGCAUCUACCUACCUUGACUGCAAACAUGUUGGGGUUAAAUUCUAUUUGCUCCCCUACCCAAUUUUGUUAAUAUGUGUUUGUUUCUUUGCGAAGGGUUGUGCUGAAAAUAAAUUGGAGAAGGCAGGGACCCAAGAAUCUCUUUAAUAGAAGGCAUAAGUGUAUGUACACACCUUCCCACACUAUCUCAAUAAUACCCUCCAAAUUGCACAUUCACAAGUCAUCACGGCACCGCAGUCAGUGAGUGGUGAAGAGAGCAUUUGUGAAAAAGUUUUCAUUUGCCCUCCGGCAAUAAGUCUCAGUUGAAGCUGAUCAGCUGUAUAUCAAAUGGUUUAGCUGCACGUGUAAAUGAAGCACAUUGUGAAAAUUUCUCCAGUAUUUGACUGGUGUACUGACACUCACCAAUUCUUAAUAACUCUAAAAAGAAAUUUGCUGCAGUAAAAUUGUGUGCAUAGGAUGUGCAGAGAAAGCUAUGCAAUUGAGGAAUUGCCAUAGAGAAAUGGCUUCUAAGUUUGAAUUACUGAUAUGUGAAAUAAUUCAUUUUAUAAAAAUGAAGCUCCAUUAGAACUUCUGUUUUUUACAAAUAACAGCAGCAACUAAAAACCUUAAUUGGAGUGGAGAUGGAGAGGAGUCCUAGCUUGCCUGUGCCUUCUUGCUUGUGGCAACUUUAUCUCAUGCUUUUUGGUUUACGUUAAACCAGAGUUUCCUAACCUGCCACCCUCCCUGUCUCUAGCCAGCUGGAGAGUCACAGAGUCUCUUUUUCCCAGCCCUGCUUUAAACAUUUCUCUUUUCAAGAUCCGCUGGAUGCUAAAAUGACUGUAAAAUCAGGAGGCUAGCAUGAACGAGGAACAAAAGGCAGCACUAGUUAUGGAGAGAAGGAACUAAAACUUAAGUUCCAACAAACGUAUAUUACAUUAAGGUAAUUCCCAAAUAAUAAUUUGAGGGGAAAGCCAUCUUCGUGGUUGGGGUGGAAUUAAUAAGAAAGCUUUUAUAGUUACGAGUUCAAAUUUGUAGAAAGAAAUAAAACUCCCAUUACCGCUUUGCUUUUAUUCAUAAAUUGGUGGUUGGGGGGGGGGGCGGUUCUGCAUAUUAGUGGUGUGUUUUUAAAGCAGCUUCAAGCUGUUUGCCUGCCACCCAUUUGACAAGGCAAUUGGCACCCGUUGAAAGCUGUUACUGCAAAGCAGAUUUGUUGUAAAAUAACGUCCUGUGGACUUCGUAUCAUGUUUUUCAAGUAAAUUAUGGCAUGAUUGCUGUAUAUGAAAUCAUAGUGUAUUUUAAUCAAAUUUUCUAAGCAUUCGAAUCAGUUGACCAAAUCCUUUUGUUUCUAAAGCAGAAUGCCCUUUAUCCCACCCACCCUGUGUCAUCCUGUUCUAGCAAACUUGUAUAAAGCUAUAGCUUCAGAUAUUUACGUAUAAAAAUAGUGUACAUAAUUUAAAACGUUAUCAAAGAUUAUAUUAUUUGACUAAUGUUCCUCUUUGUUUUCCCCCCUUUUAAAUAAAAGUUCUGCUUUCUUACUUCGAGAUAGUUUCGUUUUGUCUACGCUGGGCUAGUUGCAUGUGAUUUCGAAAAAGGAAUGGCUGCUUCAGGAAAAGUCCUCCCCGGUAUUUUCUGAAGGCAAGUUCCUUUUAUAUUUAUUUAUUAAGAAACCAUUUGAGCUGUUGCCACCUCUUGAGACAUACAACACACAGAUUGCUUUAGCUAUGCUUCCUUUCAGCCCAGGUUUUUGUAUCCUGUGUUGCGGAUAAUUAUCAUCAUGAUAAUUUGGUUGUUCCUUUGUGGAAUGGAAGGUGUGCACUCUGUUCCUGUUGCUUUUCCAUCCGAAAGUAUCUUUUUGCAAGCCUCGUGGAACAAGGUUUGCCAGCCACUCCUGAAGGGUAAUCAUUGUACACCCCCCACCCCACCCCCCCAAAAAAUGUGAGGGGAAUUGUGCACUGAGUCCUCUAUUCCAUCCUGAUUAAGCCCAUAUGCAGGAGUACCGUAUUGGCCCGAAUAUAAGCCGCACCUUUAAAAUUCAAGAGGGAAGAAGACAAUACCCGAAUUUAAGCCACUCCCUUAAAAUUCUGCAGGCAUUCACACCCGCAAAUGGCAAAUGUGGAAGAAAAUCCUACAGCGAUAUUGUAAAAGCCCAUUUUUGUAAGGUCACGAAUUUAAGCCGCACCUUAACUUUUCGCGGUCGGAAUUUGGAAAAAAAAGUGUGGCUUAUAUUCGGGCCAAUAUGGUAUUUGUGCAGGACUGGGGGAGCUCAGGCCAGGAUUGUGCACCUUUGCAUAUUCUUCAUUCGUACUGCCUUGGCAAUUUCACAUUCCAAAUAGUAUCCAGGGGUUUACAGAGACAGCUUUAAAAGAGGAUGAGACCACUUCUUGGAAAAUAAGGUGAUCAGUGGCUACUAGUUGCAGAGAAUCACAAUUGAGGAGAGCACUGGUGUGCUCAGGUCCUGGGUGCGAGCUUUCCCCCAGGCAUCCCUCCGGCCUUGGAGAGCCCCAGGAUCCUGAAUCAGCAAGGGAUUUUCUUACGUUCUUGCGAAUACAGGCACCACCAACCGGAGGCUGAUGUUUACUAAAUCACUUCUGUAAAAGAACACACUUUGAAUUCAAUCUUUCCAUUUAUUGUCAAAUAAUAAUCCACUGCAAUGAGGAAACAAAACGCAAAAAGUGACUUCUUGACGGGUAACGGGUGAGCACGGAACACGCAUGUGUAUUAUUAAAACUAAAAAUGGCAUCGAGAUGGUUACAUACGGCCAAUAUGGUUAAGCUCAUGAUUUGCACCUAUCCAAUCCUUUUCCGUUUUUAAUGCCACGUCUAAACGCUGCUUCGGAUAAAAAUGCAAAUAAAAAAAGCAUUAGAAACCCAUUAAAAUACGUUAGGGAAGCCGUUCUCUCGGACCCUCUCCUGUGCAAGAGCUGCAGGAGACUGUAAAUCAUUUCAAUGGGACUCAAGCGGUAACAAUCCUUCAUUAUGAAAAUGUUAGCUCCCCAAAUGGAUGGAAGCAGCAUUUUGUGGCUUAGUUGUAACUGAGCUAUAAUUUUGCUAACCCCUCAUAUUUAAUGUGAUCGUACAUGGAAUAAUUAAUAUAAAUAAAAAUGGAAAAGUCUUCUUCUUUACUGCCCUUUUUAAAAAGCUUUCAAUGAAUUUAAUUUUCUUCAAUAUAAGUUAUUUGUAAGUCUAUACAAAGGCAAAUAUACAUAUAUACAGUCAUAAUAUUAAAGCACUUCAAUUGACUUUUUUUUGGCUGAUCUUGUGUGGGGGGGGAAGAGUCAGCAAAAAAGAAAUCCUGCUAUUUGGAGCAUGGCUAUUAAUACAACGAACUGCAAACAUGCUGACUGUGAGUUAGUUGCUGUUACUAUGAAUAAACUGUAUAAAAGCAUCAGCAGAAAAAUAGGAUUUUUUAUAUUUAAUAAAUACAGCUUAUGACAAAAUCGCAAUCUAAAUCUUUGCUAGUUGUACUUGUCCAUGACCCCUUUUCUCUUUUUAAACAAAAUGACUAUGAAAAAAACAACAGGUUCGUUUUGCAUGGAAGUGCAAAAUUUGGGAAAUUGGCACUGGAAUUCUAUGCAUGCUUACUCAGAAUUAAAUUCCAUUGAACACAAUGGGGCUUACUCCCUGGUAAGUGUGCAAAGGAUUGCAGUCACAGUAGUGUAUAAUUCAAGGAGAUCCAAAACAAAGUGGCUUUGGAAAUCCAGACGUGCAGGUUGCUUGUACUUUUCUGUGUUUCUUUUCGAAAAGACAGGCAGAAAAAUCACAUUUGCCACCAAUUCUAAAAAGGCACAUUCAGGAAUAUUUUGCCAGAAUAUAUCCACAACUGAGAAGGAUGCCUUGAUAGCGUCUGGCUGCUUGCUCUAUUAUUUGGUGCUAAGCCAGACAUGUAAGAAGCAACUGCAAAAAGAGAAAAAGGCAGAGAGUUGUGAAUGAAUGGAUCACUUUUUCUUACCCUACCAAUCGUCUGGUCUGCCAUUUGAGCUGGUAGGAGUCCACUUAGGAAAUUAGGUGACCUGAAAUCACUGCAUCUGACUUCCAAAUAAAUCCUCCGGCAGGAGCUAUUCCAGUUAAGAGGACGAGGAAGCAAUAGUGGCAACAGUUAUGCUUUAAAAUGCACACGAUUGGUGUGGGGUUUUUUUUAACGCAGUGUUCAUCCAAAAAGAAUGCACUAAAUUCUCACAAAGGCACAAACCACUGGAAAUGGCUUCAGCACAAGCGCCGCUGGCAGAAAUGUAGCUUUAGGAAGCUUGUGCAGAUGACAUUCUGAGUAGAUCUGGCCCAGAACAUGCAGUGGGCAGAACUUUCAGGAUAUGUGUGGAAUAGCUGGGUCAAAAUGCCUAGAACGUGGCUGGAUAAUGUCAAGCAGAAUAGAAUACAACAUUUUAUCGGCUGGUAACGCCAAAUCUUAAUGACCAAACAAAGAUCCAGGCUCAGUUCUUUUCGUCUGCCUCAAGGCACAGUGUCAAGACCGCUGCCUUACUUGCUGUUUUAGAUAAGUGCAGUUAAAGUAGGUUUUUGACAGCCAACUGACCAGUAAAACAAAAUAGAAGAUUGCAACCUCAAUAAAACGGGGGAAUAGGAAACACAGAAAAGCCUGCUUAAAUCUGGUGUAGUGAAUUAAAAGAUAAUGGGAGGAUGAUCUUGGCAAUGUGCCCUUCUAUAUAAAAUGGGUCUCCGUAAAUCCCUUUCCCCUUCAUCAUGUGUUAAGGUGCACAUUCCAAAGGAAGGGAACAAGAGCUGCAUGAGGUUUUUAGCAGGAUGAGACACCAACUUCACCCGCUGCCAGCCGGACUGCAGUCACAGAUUCUGCAACCAAAAUGCAUUCACUGUUCUCGUGUUCUCUUCCCCUCCCCACCCUGCUCACGUUAUGACACACUCCCAUCUCAUUGCUUUCCCCCAGUUUCACACCGCGGAGAGCAAUACUCAAUACUGAACGAAAGCGAAGUCUUAUCUUGCCGCCCCUGAAGGAUAAAAGCAGACACAAAGGCAGCAUUGUAAGCGGCUCGGUACUUUGCUCUGGUCAACCUUUAAAGGAGGCAAGGGCUUCGAGUCAGUCCAACACUUUUACCACAUUCACAUCCGUGUCUCCACGCUUGUCGGCUACAUUCAUGAAAUAAGUCUUUUCUGAACAUUUUUUUCUUACAGUUUCAAACCCAGGUCCUUCUCUUUGUCUGUCUGUCUGUCUGUCUGUCUCUCUCUCUCCUGGUGAAAUCACCAAUGGGCUAGCAAUGGCUUUUAUGAAGAUACAAGUUUCACGUAGUUGCCUGGGAAAGUACCAAACUGUUGUGUUCUCCGGGAUGUGCCUGUUGAGAAAUAAAACAAGAACCAAUGUGGGCGUGGCGGCCCAAAAAGCAGGCUGGUGGUGAUGGCUUUCCCAUCUUUGCUUUGCUAUCGCUGUGUAGCAGGAAAACACGCAACUUGAUCCCGUGAAAGGAUCCUCCACUUAUUUGGUUAGUGCAUGGGGUUAAACCACUGAGCCUAGGGCUUGCUGAUCAGAAGGUCGGCGGUUCGAAUCCCUGCGACAGGGUGAGCUCCCAUUGCUCGGUCCCUGCUCCUGCCCACCUAGCAGUUCGAAAGCACACCAAAGUGCAAGUAGAUAAAUAGGUACCACUCCAGCAGGAAGGUAAACGGUGUUUCCGUGUGCUGCUCUGGUUCGCCAGAAGCGGCUUAGUCAUGCUGGCCACAUGACCCGGAAGCUGUACGCUGGCUCCCUUGGCCAGUAAAGCAAAAUGAGCGCCGCAACCCCAGAGUCGUCCGUGACUGGACCUAAUGGUCAGGGGUCCCUUUACCUAUCUCCAGAUAAGGCUGAAACCCAGCCUAAAAUUAUGGAGAGCUGCUGCCAGUCUGUAGACAACACUGAGCUACGUGGACCAAUGGCCUGUGACUGUGUCUUCCUAGAAUGCUGAAACACAUGCUGCCCAAUGGGACAGAGAUCUGAUGUGAUGCCCCAUGUCCUUGGAAGUCCAUACCAGAAGAGCUCCCUCUUUUUCUUCAAGUUUCCCCUCAAAAUAAAUCUUUUCAGCGGAGCCUGGCUUAAUCCUAGCUGAAAUAAAAGACCAUGUACCAAUAACUCUACAUCUUUUGGUCCUUUGCUUCCCCGCCUUUUUGUCUUCUGCCGCAUCAAAAUUCAGCUUGUAUGAUUUCUUGGGCAAGAUACGCUUUUUAAUAUCGCUCGAAAGCAUCGUGCACACUGAUCGCUCCAAUUUGAAAUGAUUAGCUGGAGGGAGGCCCCGUUUCGAAAUAAAAGUAUUGGUCUCAAGCCACAGAGUCAGUGAGUGGGUGUCAGUCUGGCAAUGUUUGAAGGACAGGGCGGAAGAGCAGGGAAGGAAGAACUGGAAACUGGAGCCAAGUGGAGGGCAUUAUGCACAGCACCAGAUUCAAGGGCUUGGCUUGAGCUGAAAAGAUGUAAAAUAGUCUGAAAUGGGUUUUUUUUUUAAUCUAUUGGUAUGAAACAGGUCUUUACGACCUAUUGCAUGAGUGAUUGGCUUAUCCAUAACUACAAUAAAAGUAAAAUAACGGUCUUCUCCAAAAGGAUUUCAGUUUAUAAAUGGUUUUUGGAUGAGCAUGUGAAUAAUAAUUGCCAUUAUUAGACAAUAGUUGGAUCAAUUAAACAGCCUCUUGCAACAGUUGAAGGUUUUAGAGUAGUCUACGUAUGCCGUAAUUAUCCAGAAUUCCAAUCGGGGUCAACAGUAAAUUUAGUGCUUUGGAAGGAGUGUAAGGUAAGGUGUUGCAAAAUCUAUUUGGGGUACCAAAAUGCAUGGCCAAUGGUGUUCUAUGUUUGGAGGUCGGUUUCCCAAUGGCUGAAAACUCAGAGUGAAUACCUCUCUAAACUAAUGGCUAUAUUUACUUUGUCUACAUCCACAAAGCCUGUUACAAAUCAGAAUGUGCUAACAGCAUGUGUGUUCUGUCUUGAACACCUAGCCAUCAAAAUUGGUUACCGUUGAACCUUUCUAAGGAAUUAAUGGCUAUUUUGAGGCAUUGUACAGUAAAAACAUGCUUGAGGAAAAUAAGCUUAUAUCUAAACAUAACCAGGAAAUGUUGUUCUCCCUCUAUACCUGCUGUGAAGGGAAGGGAAAGAAUCAUAUUUACUAAAUGUGGUGGCUCAGAUAAGCCUUUCCGCUUAAUGAGAUUUAAUGCUACACAGUUGUUUAACUGGUGGGUCAUAUGGCAGAAUUUAUUGCUGCAGAACAUCAGUGUGUGUUGGGGUCUGAGGAAGUAGAAACUGAUUCAUGGAUCUUUCCCAUCCCAGUGCUGUUUCUCCAGUAGUUUGUGUGAAACAUAUAUAGGCCUGUUGCUUGAAUCUUGCCCAGGAAAGUUUUUGGGUUGUCAGGACAAUUUUCUAUUGGUAGGGAGGGUCACAGGGAAAAACAUUAAGAUUUGUAGCUGCUGCUGUUACUGCUAAAAUGCAUAGCAAACUCACAGCAGAAUAUACGCAAUCACUCCUAGUCAAGCAAAUUAUCAGAAUUAUAGCAUGUAUGCUGCUCUGGCUAACUGUAGAUUUUGUGUAAAUAGGUCUGUGAAUCAAAUGGAUAUUAAUUAAUGUUCCCGUUAAUGUUUUAAAAACGAGUUGAAAUGACAGAUGUCAUGCUCACCAACAAACCAGCCGUCAUCACACUUCUCCAUGACAUCUAUGAUAUCUCCAUCUCUUAACUCCAGCUCAUCUUCAUUCUGCGGGACAUAGCUAUACAAUGCUUGGUAGCUAAGCCUGAAAACGCACAGAAACAGUGGAGGGGGGUAGAAUUAAGGGAAGAGAUUGCCAGCCACUACUAACAAUAUCCCUCUUGUAACUAACUUUCUUCAAAUACAGAUCCAAUGAUGAUGAUUCAAAUUUGUAUACCACCCUAUACCCACAGGUCUCAGGGCAGUUACAAGAUAAAAAUCACAAUAUAAAAACACAAAAUGCAUAAUAAAACCAAAAACCAACCCAAUAAUCCCCCCUCCCCAACAUUUAAAAGGUAUAAUGAAGGUACCAUGCUUCCCUGGGGAGAGCAUUCCACAAACGGGAAAUCUGCUGGGAUAGGAGUCUAAAUUUCCUCUGCCCUCUCUCAACUUUAUCCAACAAUAUUCUGACCGUAUUCAGUUCCCAUCAGCUCCCUCGUACCCUAUUCUGCACCACAGACAGCCCCUAAAUAAAUCUUGAAACCACGGGACCAGAUCAGGUGGCAAGGAGUGGCACGUAGAACUUCAUCCAGUGGCCCUGUGGCACUCUUGAUGGCAAAAGUGUCUACAGGACCUCCCCGGGGAGAUUAUGAGCUGCCACCGCCCUUCUGAAGUCUUCCAACUAGCAGGAAGUUCCAAAAGUCCACACCAAGGUACCACACAUCCAUCUCCAGACCUCUGAUCCAUGAUAUUUUAAAAAAUGAAGACGAGUCUGGUAGGAUCAAUAGGGCACAAUUUCCUCUUGUGAUCUCAGCCAAGACCACAAAACCAAAAUACUGGUGAGUCCCUUGUGUUAAAUAAGAAAACCCAUCAAACUAAAAAUUGUUCUGUGUCUCCUGCAUUCCAUCCAUCAAAUGUACGACAGCUGCUGAAAUGAGGGACGAAUGCGUCCCCUUUCAGACCAACUUACAUAUCUUGUGGCGCGUGGUUCCUGUCGAGGCUUGUUCCCAGCGGCAGGACUUGCGGUUGCUGAGAAAUGAUGAAAGAUGAUUUAUUGUCACUAUGGGGCCCCUUGUGGCAAGAGACAAGAGGCUGAGAAAUUGUGCUGCAGUAAUGAACGGACUUUUCCGCAAUGUUUAAGAUCUCAUUGCAAACGGUUUCCUGGGCGGUAGAGACAGUGCAGGGUUGACAUCCACGGAGGGAGGGGAAACACGUCAGAGGACAGUGAACAGGGGAAAGUGGGGAGGAGGGGGGGAUAGUCAGUAAGAGAUGGGGAAAUCCAGUUGUAGCAAUCCAGUAAGACAAGACAGUGGUAGAUCCAGCCAGUGAAGUGUAGAGGAAUCCAGGUGGAAAGCAUGGAAAAACAGAGGCAAGAUACAGAAGAGUUUGCUAUUUAGUUUUAGAUAUAUAGAUUGACGUAUUUGUAACAAAGCAGUAGCAGCAAAAGAUACUGGAAUUAGCAAGGACCUCAAGUUCACAUCUUCCAGCUCUGAGUGCGUCAUUUCAAAACACAUCACAUGCAUGCAACCGAAGUUCUCCCCCCAAUGCUACAGAUAUUUAAUGCCUGUGUUUGCUUCGCCUGCAGUAGCCUUUGUUUCAGAAAAUUUCAGCUCCUGUUGCAAUGGCCUAACUGCGCACCAAAACUCCACAUAGAAGCCAGGUGUUUGCGAUGGCACCUGGUUCAGCUCACCCUGCACCAGAGCCUCCAUCUCGUGUACUUGGGACAGCGGUGGCAAAAUAAUUAGGGUUGAGAGCCAAAAAAAAUAUCAUUGUUCACAUAACCAAACCCACUCUGGCAUUUGGGGCUCCUUUCCCCCCAAAAUACUGGCACGUCUAGACUAUGAUGUCAAGAAGCAGGUAACAGAUGUUUUAUGAGUGCAGCACUGCACCAAAAUGUUGCAGGCUGAGAUACUUCUGGUUCAGGGAUACGGUCACUCUGGUUUUUGCUCUCUCCUCCCACAAGUCAGGCCUCAUUUUGGGUCAAGUGACUAUGCUCAGUCGUCACUAGCUUGGGGCUUGUUCCAUGCCCUCCAACAUUUCUCCAAUAUAAAUAAGAGUACGUCCCCUCCGACGUUUCUCUGAUGAAAAUAGGGACAUUCUAUUCCAUACUGUCCAACAUUUCUCCAAUGAAAAUAGGGACGUCCUAAGGAAAAAAUGGACAUUUCAGGAUGAAAUCAGAAACCGGGACAGCUUCUGAAAAAUCCAGAACUGUCCCUGGAAAAUAGGGACAUUUGGAGGGUUUUCUGAUUUCCUCCUUCCAUUUUUGUUUGUUUUGAAUGAGGACACAGUUCUUCUCCAUCCCUACUAUAUAACAAUCUUUGGACUUCUACCUCCAGAAACAUUUAAAAUAGCUCCUCAGGGUGAAUUAGGAAAUGACCUGUCCAGAAAAUGAGAUGGUUUAUUCAACCUCAUGUCAACACCCGUGUAUCUCUUCCUCUCCACUUUUCAGCCAUUCCAUUCCCUCUCCCAGGUGGUUCUCGCAAUCCCACCCAACCUCAGUCAGACAACAUUUCAUGCCACUGAGUUCCUGUGAAAAUGGUUAGGGGGUGUUUGCUCCCUUUAGGGUUCCUUUCUAAAGAUUUUUUUUUUUUAUAAAGCACCUGCAAACCUCAGGAUUACUCCGAGUCUGCUGGUACCUCUUGUGUACGGUAUUGUUUUGCUUACACCUCCAAAAGUAUGAAAUGGAAAUAAGAGAGAAUGGCGCUUGUAUGAACAAUGCUAAAAUGGGGCUGCAGAUAUGAAUCUCAGGCGAUCUUACCACAUAGCUCUUUUCAGAUUCUGUGAGAUCUGGUCCUGGCCUCAAUGAAUGAUGAGAAGGCUGUGUGAUCACCAAAGCACAUGAUAAGGGAGACAUUUUAGCAAAUGCACUAGCAAGUCAAAUUCAAAUCAUAGGAAGAAAGCAAAACAAAAAUAAACAAGGGAAAUUUGACAUAAAUGACAUUCGCCGCUGGAUAUUAUUAAACAGCUGUGCCGUAGAGCACACACUGUGACUCUGGCAAGAAGGAUUAGAAGAAGAAGAGCUAGAAGAUGAAAUGAUGGGUUAGCAAAACAAAGACCGAUGUUCAAAAAAAUAUUAUGGCACAGUUCCUCUGGAAGGACACAAAAGAGCACAAACUCUAGACUCCGUGAUUUAAAGGGGAAUUACCAGGGGAGGAAACGGAAACAUGUAGAAUACCUAUGAGAACUGCUUGGAGCAAGAAGAUAUACUUUGGAGCCCCUGAUGAUAGGAUUUGCCAGACAAUGAGAUGAAUUAACCUAGAAUUUUCUUAUUCUUUUGCCCUCAACAUUCUGUAACUCCUGACGGUCACCGUGGGGUGUGUGUGUGUGUGCGCUUUUUAUAUAUAGAAGCACAUGCAAGCAUCAAGCACGUUAACUUUUUCUUUUAAUUUACUCAUUUAUAUUUACACACCUAUGGAGGUCCUUAGGUAUGUUCUUUACUUUUCAUGUGGGACCAUUUUGCUUCCAAAUAGGUAGGCAUUUGAUCACCCAUGUUUCCUAUUAAGGGGAUUUUUAGUAAAUGAAUAAACUACAGCCGUACCUUGGAUCUUGAACGACUUGCAAGACGAACGGUUUGGGUCCUGAACGUCACAAACCCGGAAGUGAGUGUUCUGCUUUGCAAAAGUUCUUUGGAAACUGAACAUCCGUCGCGACUUCCGUGGCUUCCAAUUGGCUGCAGGAGCCUCCUGCAGCCAAUCGGAAGCCAAGCCUUGGUUUUCAAACAUUUUCGGAAGUCGAACGGACUUGCGGAACGGAUUCCAUUUGACUUCCAAGGUACCACUGUUUUAUGAAACUGGGAUGCACCCAAGUUUCAACCCCUUUAUCAACCAGUUUGAAAGCAAAUGGGCCCACAAAGGAAACAACUGUGCAAAAUGGCUGAAAUAUAACUGACCAGGAAAUGCAAUUAUGUCACCUAGAUUAAUCAAGAUUAUGCUAUUUUUUUUUAAAUUCCACUGCAUGAAAAUUAGCUCACCAGUUUGUGAGCUAGGGUGUUUGUGUUGCUUUAAUGCAAUUGUCGUGGUUUGUGGUUUAUUAUAUAAUAUUAUGUUACUUAUUUAUUAUUAGAUUAUAUUAUUCUUAUGCUUUAGGCAUUUCUGUACCUGCGGACCUCUUCAUCCCUCCCCCAAAACUAUUUAUUAUUUUAUUUCACAAAAUUUAUAAACCGCUUGAUUGUAAAGUGGGGUGGGGAUGGCAAACCCACGUCAACACGGUUUUACAAAGUGGUAUGUACGCCUGCCAAUUUAAGAUCGUACUCCAGCCACAAAAGCUUAGGCCAGAACAUAUAUUUAUUUGCCUUUAAGCUGCUACGACCACAGCUGCCCCUCUUGGGGGGAAAAGAACAAAUUGGAGUCCUUUCUGGGCAUAUGAGAAGCAGGCACAAGUGAUGUAGAUAGGAAGGCUUCCAAGUUUACACUUUGCUGCUAGCCUCGACUCAUUUCCCUUUUCUCUAUCUCUCUCUCUCCCUUUUAUAUAACUGGGAAUGUCUACUGUGGCAAUUUUCCACUUAGACGGAAGGACAGUACAUUCAAGUUACUGGGCACAAGCCGUCACAAUUCACAGACAUAAAUGUCAGCUGCAGAAGAUGCAUUUGGACUCAGGCACACAAGUCAGAUUCAUUUUUUACGGCGCUUAUUCAUUCACAUACAAAAAUCUCUCGAUGGAUGGCAAGAGCUGUGCUGUUUCAAUUCCCAUUUCAAAGAACCCAACACAGCAACGACAUCCAUUUAAGCAAGAGAUAACCUCAGGAGACUUUAACCAGUCUCCUGAAACUCUCAAGACAGAAUCUAGGGAGAA